AUGUGCCUGCCAGGCAGCUGGCUCCCAGUCUUCCUGCCCACAGCACAGCCCAACAGUACACUGUGCCCAGGCCAAGCCAGCCCCAGCCACACACAGAGAGGUCGGUCUGUCUGCAGACAGCAGUAACCUGCUCUCUCUUCCCAGUGCACUGCCCUCUCAGGACAGACCCGUAGAUAAAUAGCCCAGACCUGUCAGGAGACCGCUCAUUCAGUAGAAAGCCAUACGGUUGGUGUGGUUAGAUGGACAGCACUGUUAGCUUUUGAUGUGGUACAUUCAUAUUGAUGGUUUAGGAACUAAUAUUUUGUGACAUCCUUAACAUUAUUUGGUUAUGGGUGCCAAAAUUAGAACAGGUUCUUCUAGCUCCUAUCUCUAUUAGUUAUCUGAAUUCUGCAUCUGAGAUCAGAAGUGUCAGUUCUUACUGUCAACUCCAUAGCUGUGAUGGUACUUCAAGGGUAAGUCUUCAUAAUGAUUUCUGUCUGAUCAAUUUAUGAUCAGUUGCAUUGAUUGUAUGUGUGAUGAUGGUGAAUGGUGGCAUGUGUGGUAAUCCAGGAAAGGUUAAGAGAUUGAAUUUGUGUUCUGUUCUGCUUUUACUCUGGUAUUUCUUAAGUAAACGUUGUUCUCUUAGUGAACCUUGUCCUCUCUGGUAGACUAGAAGUCAUUUCAGUCACAUGUCAUGCCUGCAGGUCGAAUGUGAUGGGCUUCGUCCCUAAUUUGUAUUUGUUAAAAGUAAUGCACUAUGUAGGGAAUAGUGGGCCAUUUGGGACGCAACCAUGGUGUCAUACUUUACAAGUAAACAUGGUGUGUUCGCAAAGUAAGUCCUCUAAGCAUCUUAAAGAUGUUUGUGUGACUGACUGAAGAAAUUCAGCGGAAAGUGAGAAAUCCACCCAGCCUAAACAUGAGCUGCUAAUAUCAAGUUCAGCUUUAGCUCAUUUGCACCUUGCAAACUUUUGUCUGACAGCAGGCUACAUUUAUAUGCACUGACAGCAAAGGCUUAGCUCACUGUUCAAUCUUCAUUCAGUGAUGAAAUACACUGAACCAUUCUCCAUGUAAAGGUAGUGAAAACAUUGCAUCCCUUUAUAGUCAUAUUGCUUAAAAACCUUUGUUUGGCCAUAAUGCACUAUGUGUCCACAUUAUCCAAUGGGCACAAAAGGGAUUUAGUAAAGAUAUACAUUUUCAUUCCAUAGUGUGUGGCCUCUUCCAUCUCUAACAGUAGCCAGACAGGAAGACUGAUUCACCUGCUUGCUUCACCAUAACAAACACCACUAGAGUACAUAGCCUAUACUCUUCAGAUUUGAUUAGGCCCUUUUGAGAAAUAAAACAUUAUAUCAGAAAACACAAAUCAUUGGGGAUUAUGAGUGAUCACUAAUCCCCCUUGAUCCCCAACCAAGCAUUAAUCUAAUCUGGUAAGUGUUUGUGGCCAGCUAGCUAAGUGGAUCAUGUCCUGCCUAGUUAAAUCAAAUACAUUUCAUUCACAUGAAAUUACAUUGCAUCUGAUAGGCUCAUCACUAAUGUGGCAGUAGUAUAUGAAGUAUCUAUUGAUUGUAGACAUGCAUAUAUUCAUGCAUAUGUUUGUGUUUACUGUAUAGACUAAUGCCACACCAUUGGUAUUGAUUCCUGAAAGGGGAUAGACUGUAUAGGGUUAUAUGAAGGCAUUUCCCUAUCCCAACUUCCAAUCUCUAAAUACUGUGAAGUUAAUUGAAUACUGUGAACUUGCUAUUCAGCACUCCUAGUAGCUUAACCAUUGCAUGUUUCCCCCCCUCACCCUUUCCCUUACUUGCAAUUCCAUGUUCUCAGCCUUCCUCAGUCCUCAGCAUGCCUGUAUCCUGCUGUGUGAAUGGGGCCUUUAGGAUUCAGCAGGCAGGGUGCCAGUCGUGUCUCGUGCCAACAACAGGAAACGCUGCGGUUUCCUCAGGCUGCUGUCACUUCCUUUCCUUGGCUCCCGGGUCCAGGACUCAGUAGAAGGCAAUGUCGGUGUCCCAAAUUGCAUCCUAUUCACUAUUUUGUGUGCUACUUUUGACAAUAGGGUUCUGGUCAAAAAUAGUGCACUAUAUAGGGAAUAGGGUGCCAUUUGGGAUUCAAUCAAUGUUUGGGGCUGGGCUAUAAUCUUGGGAAGGAUAGAAUCCCUUUCUAAUGUUAUCACUUCAUUGUAAACAGUACUGGAGGAACGAGACAUGUUGGAUGAGCAGAACAUGUUUGUUUAGAAAUUUUGUCUGAUAUAGGCUGAGCACAAAGGGAGGAACAGCCAUAUUUCCUCUUGUGAACUGAACACAUUUCCUGGCUGUGUCCCGAAUGGCACCCUAUUCCUUAUAUAGUGUACUACUUUUGACCAGACCCCUAUUGGCAUUGGUCAAAAGUAGUGCACUAAAUAGGGAAUAGGGUGCCAUUUGGGAUGCAACCCCUAUAACACAGCCUCUCCUCUCGCCCUGGGGCCAGCCGAUCACUCACUGCUAACUCACUGGCUCUCCUCUCGCCCUGGGGCCAGCCUGUCACUCACUGCUAACUCACUGGCUCUCCUCUCGCCCUGGGGCCAGCCUGUCACUCACUGCUAACUCACUGGCUCUCCUCUCGCCCUGGGGCCAGCCUGUCACUCACUGCUAACUCACUGGCUCUCCUCCCGCCCUGGGGCCUGCCUGUCACUCACUGCUAACUUACGUCCAUGUGCUCUCUUUUCCUUUCCAUCUCUCUCUCUCUCUCUGCCCCUCUCUCUCCUUCCAUCUCUCUCUCUGCCCCUCUCUCUCCUUCCAUCUCUCUCUCUCUGCCCCUCUCUCUCCUUCCAUCUCUCUCUCUCUGCCCCUCUCUCUCCUUCCAUCUCUCUCUCUCUCUGCCCCUCUCUCUCCUUCCAUCUCUCUCUCUCUGCCCCUCUCUCUCCUUCCAUCUCUCUCUCUCUGCCCCUCUCUCUCCUUCCAUCUCUCUUUCCUUCCAUCUCUCGCUCGCUCUCUCUCUGCCCCUCUCUCUCCUUCCAUCUCUCUCUCUCAUGCAGUACAGUAGUAGUGUGUAAUGUGCCCAGGCAGAGCAGAUGGAGCAGCGCUGUUCCUGGUGAAGGGAGGGCUGGUGAUGAUGUAAUCAAUGCAGAUCUCUCCCUCCCUCAUAAUUUUUUUCUUUUCUUUCUUUCUUUCUUUCUUUCUUUCUUUCUUUCUUUCUUUCUUUCUUUCUUUCUUUCUUUCUUUCUUUCUUUCUUUCUUUCUUUCUUUCUUUCUUUCUUUCUGUCCCUGUCUGUCGCUCUCUAUAUAUUUGUUCAAUUCAAAAUGCUUUAUUGGCAUGAGAAACAUAGUUUAUUAAGUACACCACCCCGUUCACGAAAAUGAUUUGCUCCUACAGACACCAAUUUGGCCCCAAUUACUACCCGUACACGGUGCUCCAAGCUGACCAUGCACAAAACAAAGUCCAAACAAAAUGCCAAAAAAACAAAACAAAUUUGCCAAAUAACAUACUACCAAAACUACCAUAUAACCAACAUCAUCAAUUAGACGAGACCCCACUGUGUUAUGACCUGGCUCAUAGUUCGUAACAACAAAGGGCCAUGCAUGACUUAAAUGUAAAAAGGAAUAAAUGCAUUAAACUAAACACUUUUUUUUUGUUUUAUUCUACUUUUUUAUUAAAAAUAAAUGCACUGUUGGUUAAGGGCUGUAAGUAAGCAUUUCACUGUAAUGUCUGCACCUGUUGUAUUCGGCGCAUGUGGCCAAUAAAAUUUGAUUUGAUUUGGACGUCUGUAGGAUCAGUAGUGUAUGCAGUGAGUGGAGAGGGUGUUGUAUGGUGAAAACAGACCAUAAAACGAAAGGUGGUGGAAGCCAGCGUGCCAGUCAGGGAAAAGAGAGUGUUGGCUGAUGUGGUCACACUUUAUAGCCUGCAGGCCAAGCCUGGCCAGAUGCGCCACAUCAGCUGACGAUCCUCCCAGCUCUGCCCACUGGCCUCCUGCAACAAGCAGACUACCAAACAGGAGAUCCCAGCAGACAGAGUGGGGGGACGUCACAACCUAAUAAACAUUGCCAAAGCCAGUGAAAUAGACAAUAAACAAAAGGGAAAUAAACAAUCUGAAAUUAACAGUAAACUUUACUCACAAUUUUUUUUAAAGAAUGUAUUAUUAUGUACAGUGUUGUAACAAUGUGCAAAUAAAUAUAGAUUGUAUUUACGACGGUGUUUGUUCUCCACUGGUUGCCCUUUUCUCAUGGCAACAGGUCACAAAUCUUGCUAAUGUGAUGUCACACUGUGGUAUUUCACGUAAUAGUUAUGGGAGUUUAUCAAGAUUGGAUUUGUUUUCAAAUUCUUUGUGGGUCUGUGUAAUCUGAGGGCAAUAUGGUCAUACAUUUGGCAGGAAGUUAGAAAGUGCAGCUCGGUUUCCACCUCAUUUUGUGGGCAGUGGGCACAUAGCCUGUCUUCUCUUGAGAGCCUAUGGUGGCCUCUCUCGAUAGCAAGGCUAUGCUCACUGAGUCUGUACUAUGUACAUAGUCAAAGUUUUUCUUAAUUUUGGGUCAGUCACAGUUGUCAGGUAUUCUGUUUAGGGCCAAAUAACAAUAUCUCUAUCUCGCUCGCUCUCUAUUUCGACGUCACUCUCUCUUUCAAUAUCUCUCUAUCUUUCUCUCUCUCUCUUUUUCUAUCUCUCUUAGAAGCCAGGUACAAACUAAAGAGGAACUAUUAACUGACUACUCGAUCACAGUAUUUUAUUCUAGUUUGCUGUUUCAUUAACCUGAACUAGUUGUAUUAUUUUCUUGGUGCUGGAUGUCUCACCAUUGGCCUUAUCAAGUGAAAUACCACUGGCUGAGGUUUCUGUUCCCUUUAUGUAAGAGCCACUGAAGGGGAUGUGUUGUAUUACUGUACAAAAGGUUUGAACUUUAGCUGAACUUUUCACUUGAUUGAGGAGAAAGGACUCACUCCCUGCAGUGUUUUAGUGAUUCACAAGGGGAGAGAUCUCACUUGACUGUACUUGGGUUGGUCUCUGAAAAGGCAAAAGAGCAUUUGCACACAGACUCGAGAGAAGAGAUAAGAACACUUUUUAUAAUUCAAAUGGUCUCUCAUGAAUUGCCUCUAGUGUUUUUUAUCUACAGUGGGGAGAACAAGUAUUUGAUACACUGCCGAUUUUGCAGGUUUUCCUACUUACAAAGCAUGUAGAGGUCUGUAAUUUUUAUCAUAGGUACACUUCAACUGUGAGAGACGGAAUCUAAAACAAAAAUCCAGAAAAUCACAUUGUAUGAUUUUUAAGUAAUUCAUUUGCAUUUUAUUGCAUGACAUAAGUAUUUGAUACAUCAGAAAAGCAGAACUUAAUAUUUGGUACAGAAACCUUUGUUUGCAAUUACAGAGAUCAUACGUUUCCUGUAGGUCUUGACCAAGUUUGCACACACUGCAGCAGGGAUUUUGGCCCACUCCUCCAUACAGACCUUCUCCAGAUCCUUCAGGUUUCGGGGCUGUCGCUGGGCAAUACGGACUUUCAGCUCCCUCCAAAGAUGUUCUAUUGGGUUCAGGUCUGGAGACUGGCUAGUCCACUCCAGGACCUUGAAAUGCUUCUUACGGAGCCACUCCUUAGUUGCCUUGGCUGUGUGUUUCGGGUCGUUGUCAUGCUGGAAGACCCAGCCACAACCCAUCUUCAAUGCUCUUACUGAGGGAAGGAGGUUGUUGGCCAAGAUGUCGCGAUACAUGGCCCCAUCCAUCCUCCCCUCAAUACGGCGCAGUCAUCCUGUCCCCUUUGCAGAAAAGCAUCCCCAAAGAAUGAUGUUUCCACCUCCAUGCUUCACGGUUGGGAUGGUGUUCUUGGGGUUGUACUCAUCCUUCUUCUUCCUCCAAACACGGCGAGUGGAGUUUAGACCAAAAAGCUCUAUUUUUGUCUCAUCAGACCACAUGACCUUCUCCCAUUCCUCCUCUGGAUCAUCCAGAUGGUCAUUGGCAAACUUCAGACGGGCCUGGACAUGUGCUGGCUUGAGCAGGGGGACCUUGCGUGCGCUGCAGGAUUUUAAUCCAUGACGGUGUAGUGUGUUACUAAUGGUUUUCUUUGAGACUGUGGUCCCAGCUCUCUUCAGGUCAUUGACCAGGUCCUGCCGUGUAGUUCUGGGCUGAUCCCUCACCUUCCUCAUGAUCAUUUAUGCCCCACGAGGUGAGAUCUUGCAUGGAGCCCCAGACCGAGGGUGAUUGACCGUCAUCUUGAACUUCUUCCAUUUUCUAAUAAUUGCGGCAACAGUUGUUGCCUUCUUACCAAGCUGCUUGCCUAUUGUCCUGUAGCCCAUCCCAGCCUUGUGCAGGUCUACAAUUUUAUCCCCGAUGUCCUUACACAGCUCUCUGGUCUUGGCCAUUGUAGAGAGGUUGGAGUCUGUUUGAUUGAGUGUGUGGACAGGUGUCUUUUAUACAAGUAACAAAUUCAAACAGGUGCAGUUAAUACAGGUAAUGAGUGGAGAACAUGAGGGCUUCUUAAAGAAAAACUAACAGGUCUGUUUGAGCCUGAAUUCUUACUUGUUGGUAGGUGAUCAAAUACUUAUGUCAUGCAAUAAAAUGCAAAUUAAUUACUUAAAAAUCAUACAAUGUGAUUUUCUGGAUUUUUUUUUCACAGUUGAUGUGUACCUAUGAUAAAAAUUACAGACCUCUGCAUGCUUUGUAAGUAGGAAAACCUGCAAAAUCGGCAGUGUAUCAAAUACUUGUUCUCCCCACUGUAUGUAGCUUACAUUGUGUACUUAGGCUAAUAAGGCUCCACCUGAGACAUAGUCCAGACAUCCUAGAGACAGAGACCAGUAUUGGUUGUGUCUCUAGUUAACUGUGGGCCUCUGUAGCUCAGUUGGUAGAGCAUGGUGCUUGCAACGCCAGGAUAGUGGGUUCGAUUCCAGUGACCACCCUUAUGUAAAAUGGAUGCACGCAUGACUGUAAGUCUCUUUGGAUAAUAGUGUCUGCUAAAUGGCAUAUAUUAUACACUGCUCAAAAAAAUAAAGGGAACACUUAAACAACACAAUGUGACUCCAAGUCAAUCACACUUCUGUGAAAUCAAACUGUCCACUUAGGAAGCAACACUGAUUGACACAUUUGACAUGCUGUUGUGCAAAUGGAAUAGACAACAGGUGGAAAUUAUAGGCAAUUAGCAAGACACCCCCAAUAAAGGACUGGUUUUGCAGGUGGUGACCACAGACCACUUCUCAGUUCCUAUGCUUCCUGGCUGAUGUUUUGGUCACUUUUGAAUCCUGGCGGUGCUUUCACUCUAGUGGUAGCAUGAGACUGAGUCUACAACCCACACAAGUGGCUCAGGUAGUCAGAAACAGACUCCAUGAGGGUGGUAUGAGGGCCCGACGUCCACAGGUGGGGGUUGUGCUUACAGCCCAACACCGUGCAGGACGUUUGGCAUUUGCCAGAGAACACCAAGAUUGGCAAAUUCGCCACUGGCGCCCUGUGCUCUUCACAGAUGAAAGCAGGUUCACACUGAGCACAUGUGACAGACGUGACAGAGUCUGGAGACGCCGUGGAGAACGUUCUGCUGCCUGCAACAUCCUCCAGCAUGACCGGUUUGGCGGUGGGUCAGUCAUGGUGUGGGGUGGCAUUUCUUUGGGGGGCCGCACAGCCCUCCAUGUGCUCGCCAGAGGUAGCCUGACUGCCAUUAGGUACCGAGAUUAGAUCCUCAGACCCCUUGUGAGACCAUAUUCUGGUGCGGUUGGCCCUGGGUUCCUCCUAAUGCAAGACAAUGCUAGACCUCAUGUGGCUGGAGUGUGUCAGCAGUUCCUGCAAGAGGAAGGCAUUGAUGCUAUGGACUGGCCCGCCCGUUCCCCAGACCUGAAUCCAAUUGAGCACAUCUGGGACAUCAUGUCUCGCUCCAUCCACCAACGCCACGUUGCACCACAGACUGUCCAGGAGUUGGCGGAUGCUUUAGUCCAGGUCUGGGAGGAGACCCUCAGGAGACCAUCCGCCACCUCCAUCAGGAGCAUGCCCAGGCGUUGUAGGGAGGUCAUACAGGCACGUGGAGGCCACACACACUACUGAGCCUCAUUUUGACUUGUUUUAAGGACAUUACAUCAAUGUUGGAUCAGCCUGUAGUGUGGUUUUCCACUUUACUUUUGAGGGUGACUCCAAAUCCAGACCUCCAUGGGUUCAUACAUUUGAUUUUCAUCGAUAAUUUUUGUGUGAUUUUGUUGUCGGCACAUUCAACUAUGUAAAGAAAAAAGUAUUUAAUAAGAUAAAAAAUGUGUUAUUUUAGUAUUCCCAGUGUAUAUAACUGGACUGUCUGCUGCACUGGGGAACUGGCUACUGUUACUAGGAGGCAGAGUUCUCAGUCUUUCCUGGUUAUUCCACUGAGUUCUCAGUCUUUCCCUCUUCAAGAGAGUUCAUGUAGAGCACAUGUCAAACUCAAGGCCCGCGGGUGGAAAAGAAACCUCAGUAAUUAUCUUUUUGUUUUCUCAUGAUUUGGUUAGGUCUAAUUGUGUUGCGCUCUCUCUCUCUCUCUCUGUCUCUGUCCAAGUUGUUCCUAGUAUUCUUGCACUCCCACCAGUAUCUGAGCCAGGCUGGAUCUGAGAGAUCAUCUUGUUCUACUGUAAUAAUUGUCUCAGUGCUGCUUCUUCUUCCCCUGUGGAACAGACCAUUAUUUUCCUUUGUUGAUUUCUGCUGUUCAAGCUAAGUGGAUUACUCUCUCUCUCUCUCUCUCUCUCUCUCUCUCUCUCUCUCUCUCUCUCUCUCUCUCUCUCUCUCUCUCUCUCUCUCUCUCUCUCUCUCUCUCUCUCGCUUAUCUUCCUUGAAGACUGUUCUUCCACACACACAACACACACCUUCCUCUCCUCUUUGAAAGCUGUGUGCUUCUUCUUGUUGUAAUCCAAUUAUAGACACUAAUUUAGGAGACCUACAUUUCACUUUUCUGACAGGCCAGAGCUAGAGUUAGAUUCAGAAGCCAGAGAUUCUCUCUUAUCUCUGUGGACUUCUACUAAGGAAAUCAAAGACCGUGUCACUUCGUGUGCUGCGAAAGGGCCUUGAGAUCGCUCCCAUGGGGUUUAACUUUAUUCAAGUUCAGUUUUAUAUAGCAUGCAUGCAGGCCCUUUAACAUUGAAGAAUCUCUAGUCUACAGAUAAAGAUAUCAAGAGAUUGAUCCACUUUUCCUCAGUUGUGUACUUGAACACAAUAAUCCUAAAGAUACCCGAGGUGGAACCCUUUCUAGAAAUCUGUGGUUUACAGGUCAAACAAGUGCAAGCGAAUAAUUAAACAAAAUUGGGAUCCUUAACAUUAAGAAAAAAUCCCUAACCAAACAUUUUAAUCACCAUUAGCAGGUCGCAGUCAUCAUCAUAAAGGGCAAAUCAAGGCAACAGCAAACAUGUCUGCCCCCAUGAAUGAUGCGGCGCCCCCCCCCCCUUGGGCCAAUUGAGAUAUUGUCUGUGACUAGCACAUUUCAGUUAUUGUCUGUGACCACAGAUUAUCCAUUAUGUGGCCGCUCUAUCAAUGGAAAAAAAAAUGACUUCAACAAUGCAAGGCAGUUAGCCUGGGUAACAGUCUCUUUAGCUCACAGGUGUAAAACUCAUUCCACAGAGGGCCGAGUGUCUGCGGGUUUUCGCUCCUCCCUUGUACUUGAUUAAUUAAUUAAGGUCACUAAUUAGUAAGGAACUCCCAACACCUGGUUGUCUAGGGCUUAAUUGAAAGGAAAAAAUAACUCCGUUAUAGUGUUUUUUCUUAAAGUUGCUGGGAUGUCACGUGUCAUACUUAUCAAUACACUCGGAACAACCUAAGCACUACAAAACGUCUAUUCCAUCAAAUAAGCCAUUACAUUUUUGCUAACCAAAUUCGACUCUCCAUGCAAAAACUCCUCGCUUGGUGAGUGAAAAAAAUCUAAAAGAAUCACCACCUGCUGGAGAAGACAGAUUUUGGGCCCAGUUAUCCCUCUCGCUUCACCUCUUCCUCUCUGGUGUGACUCACACAUUUAUGCUAAUUACUAUGCUGUAACGUUAGUAGGAGAAGAAAAGCUAUUUUUUUGCUACUUUACUUUACAGAGCUGUAAUGCACGAGGGAGAGCGAGAGGCUCAAAGCAGAGCCGCAGCUCAAAUGUGAGUGACGAGGCGAGCAUUGAGUUGGAGAGAGAUAGCAACCAAGUUGACUCGUGCUGGUAGAGUAACUUAUUGGUAGUUAUUUAUCAUCUCAUCUGAUUACAAUAGUACCUGUCUUGACUGCAUCAAACCAAGAAAAGCUAGUUAAGCUAGCUUGCCAGCUAGCUAACACUUUAGCUAGGCUAAUUGAGACUACAUAAUUUUAACUGUGCGCAUUCUCCCUUCCGAAUCCUACAGUAAAUAACAGCAACUCCAUUCAGAUUAUUAAAUAACAGCCUACCUGUUGGCUCUUUGGUUUUGUAGCUCAGUUGGUAGAGCAUGGCGCUUGCAACGGCAGGGUUGUGGGUUCGUUUCCCAAGGGGGGCCAGUAUGAAAAUGUAUGCACUCACUAACUGUAAGUCUGCUAAAUGACAAAAAUGUAAAUGUAAAUGUAGCCUGUCCUUUUCAUUAAACGUUUAGUUCUGUCAUUUCAAUUCCAUCUUCCAUUGAUUAGCCACGUGGAGGCUCUAGCUAGCUCUGACUGUAGCCUAGUGGCAGUUUGAUGACUUGUGAUUGGAUGACAACAACAAGCUACAUGCGCCACUUUCGUGAAAAGCAAGAGCAGCAGCAGCGAUACAAUUUUCUCUCUUUGGGGGAAGCGCGAUGUAGACCAUCUGCAUUGUGAAUACACGUGGAAUUGUAUGCAUUUUUCUUAUCAUGUUAACAGAAAAACUAUUUUUUUUAAAGGUCAGUGUAAACGUUAAGAAAAAAUGACAAUUUGUCACAUCCCUAAUCCAUUCUGUAUGUGAUGCCUAUCUAGGCCUACACACCCAGACAAACAAACAACAUCUCUCCUGGUUGGGGAUGAAGGGAGAACCAGAUAAUUGUCCCCCACGAUGAAAGCGGGGAGGGAACUGUGGAUCUGUCUCCAUCCAUUAGUACGUUAGGAGGUUAGUGCGUUCGUACGUUAGUCAUGCGUGAUAUCUGACAGCACUGGCCCGAUUUUGACGAAACUUGCAUCAUUCGUGGGGGAUGACAUGUUUACUGUUGCUUUGUUUAACCUAGAUGGAUUAUACUUAAAAAGAGCUUACGUAAGACUUUGAUACCGACAUUAUGUAGCUACAGUAUAUGCUUGUCGGGACUGAAAUGAAAGCUGUCAGUUCAAUUAGAUUCAGAAGACAGGUGCUUUGAUGGAGAUCGACACUGACUGACUGACUGCCUAAAUGACUGGAGAAAUGCUCACAAUAUUGAUUUUCCACUACAGUUGUUGAGUUAAAGGGAAAAUCUGGGAUUCUAACAACAACAAAGCUGUCACCUUGCCACUUUUUUUGGUAAACAGCUGAAGGGAUGGAGCUGGAAUUAAGCUCAUGAGGCAUUAAUAAAUUAGAUUCUUCAAGAAUCAAUGGCUAUUUCUCAUUAAUUUAAAAGUCCAAAAUGGAUGUACCAAUCCCAGAUUGCCUCUUUAAGAGUUUUUUUUUAACUAGCAGAUUCAGCCUCAGAUUCUAUAAAUCCAGUCAUUGUAUUGUCAAGUAUAGAAUUUACAAUCGAAAAGAAAUUAUAGCAUUAUGCAUAUCUAGAAUGAGGCAUAUCUAGUUUAUCUAUUUCUCAGCAGUGUUCUCCUAGGGCUAGCAGGACAGGGACGUUGCUCUGACCCACUUGUCCAGAUGGAGGGUUAAAGCAGGAGAGAGGCUGGUAACAAGCUGGUCUGGUCUACCAUGCAGAGAGAGGAAUCAAUCCCCAUUUCUGACUCACAGUAAAUGAAUGAGAACAAACUACUAAAAUGUUCCAUUUCCAUACAGUCAUCACGAUCUUCACUAAAAAUAUGAGUGAUCAACUAAUAGCCAGCCAUUAUAGCAUAUUGACUUACCUUUCUGCAUGUCAAAACACAGAUUUUGUUUCUUUCCAAGCUUCGGAAGUGGCAAUAACAAGAGAUUAACUCCUGUAGACAAUCCUAAUUGGCCUAAACAUAGCUGGGGUGCAAUUACAGGGUGUCACUAUCAAUUAUACAAAUGGCCAGUCAGUCAGAGAGGUAGUACCCACCUCACUGUUCUCUAUCUGUCACAGGAUAAAGAGACAGAGAGAGAGAGAGGCAGAGAGAGAGAAAAAAAGAAAUAGGGCUGUCAUUCCACCUCAAAAAGCACAAGAAAGAGGAUUUCAACACUCACCUUCUCAGAUUGUUCUGAAAUCGUUUCUGUAGUUAGAAACCGAUAAGAUGAGCAUUCCUGCAACAUUAUUUUGUUGAAAUAUAAUUUGAUCUCUGAGAAAUUAACCUAAUUGAUUACAGUAUCAGUUCUCUAUAUCUGACAAGUAGUAUGGAGCUGCUGCAUGGAGUAUUGCUUCUUCAUCCUUUGUAAUGUAUACCCUGUGAAUCUGGGGAUGUUUUUUUUCCCCCUGUUCAGAGAAAUUUGCCAUUGAAGUCGCUUGCAUUAUUUACCAUAAAUGAGUGUGAAAGUACCACGUUUUGCCCAAUAGAUGCCGCUGUUCGUGCUACUGCCACCACACCCUUUUAUCCAUGUUGCUGGUGUCUUGUGUUUAUUAUACUGAACAAAAAUAUAAACACAACAUGUAAAGUGUUGAUCCCAUGUUUCAUGAGCUGAAAUAAAAGAUCCCAGAAAUGUUCCAUACGCACAAAAAGCUUAUUUCUCUAAAAUGUUGUGCACAAAUUUGUUUACAUCCCUGUUAGUCAGCAUUUCUCAUUUGCCAAGAUAAUCCAUCUACCUGACAGGUGUGGCAUAUGAAGAAGCUGAUUAAACAGCAUGGUCAUUACACAGGUGCACCUUGUGCUGGGGACAAUAAAAGGCAACUCUAAAAUGUGCAGUUUUGUCACACAACACAAUGCCACAGAUGUGAGUGCAUACAUUUUCAUGUGUCCCAUUCAUUCUUACUGUUGUUUGUCCCAUUCAUUCUUACUUUUAUGUGUUCCCAUUCGUUCUGUUGGUAAAUCUGUUUCCAUUGCAAAGUGAAUAAUGACUUUACUGGAAGAUAGGAGUCACUUAAUAAUGUAUUCUAACAUUGUGGCCAAGCAGGGCAGCCUUCAUCUGUAUACACACAGCAUUCAUUCAUGUGAUUAUGGCAAUGUUGAUAAAAUGAUUUAGAAAUUAGCGAAGGGCUGAACAUAAUAUGUUUAAUAUCCUGUUCUAUUGCUGUUGGAGUCAACCUGGUAGUCUAUGGUCAUAAUGGGUUUGCUACGAAAUGAAAGACUCUCUCCAUCCCACCCGCUCUGAACCGUCCCUCGCUUUCUGUGUAUUAAUGUGAUAACAUCAGUUAGGAUUAUGUCUACCUUAUUUCUGGAUACAUUUAGUCAUAUCUGUCUUAUUUUCAAAUUUUUAUCGUAAUGUCCCUCUGAGUAUUAUAUAGUAGAAACACUAAGACUGAGUCCCAAAUGGCACCUUAUUCCCUAUAUAGUGCACUACUUUUAAUCAGGGCCCUAACUAUGGUUGCAUCCCAAAUGGCAUCCUAUUCCCUACAAAGUGCAACAUUUUUGACCAGAGCCCUGUGGGCCCUGGACAAAAAUAGUGUACUGUAUAGGGAAUAGGGUUCAAUUUGGUACGAAGGCACUAUGAGACAUGUUGUCUGGAGUGAUAUCCAUAUAACACGUAUUUUCUCAUCUGUACUGUGUUUGAAGGAAAAGGUUGUUGUAAUGACACUUUGUGGAGGAUGUGAUAUGCCAUGUGUCCAUGUGUCAUCAACAUGUUCCUUUUUAUAGUUUCAGACAUUCAUACACGGUCACAUACUCUCACUCAUGUUCCUAAUAUUAGAGUGGUGGGGGUGGGAGGGGGGUCUGGCUGUUGUUAUUUUGGUCAUCCACACACAAACACACUCCUCCAGGAGGUCCUCCUACAUUACCUCUAGUGACCGUGCACCAAGUCCUUCAGUUCCAUCUGUCUCCAACCCUGUCUCCACACUACCAGUACCAAUCCACAUGAAUCACCUUAGGGUAUAAAAGAGAACUCACUAGCUGUGUAGUCUAGUUACAGUAGUGGCGCAUGGCUCUGUGGAAAGCAAGCUACACUCAUUUCCAUCUUUGUUCGUCAAUAGGAACUUUGGACCAUUGAGGCUUGAACUUGUCCCUGCUUUCAUAACCCCCUGUGGUUCCAGUUCCACGGUAGCUUGUCCCUGCUUUCAUAACCCCCUGUGGUUCCAGUUCCACGGUAGCUUGGUCCUGCUUUCAUAACCUCCUGUGGUUCCAGUUCCACUGUAGCUUGGUCCUGCUUUCAUAACCCCCUGUGGUUCCAGUUCCACGGUAGCUUGGUCCUGCUUUCAUAACCCCCUGUGGUUCCAGUUCCACUGUAGCUUGUCCCUGCUUUCAUAACCCCCUGUGGUUCCAGUUCCACGGUAGCUUGGUCGUUUCAGGGCUCAACACAGUCAUGGUGCCUGGCCAGUCAAUUCACAAAGUCCCUCUACUGUGAAGUGAGAGGAACGUGUGGUAUAUUUGAAUAACGCUUCUCACAUUCACUCACUCUUGGUUGAAAUGAUGUCUCUGAAAAUGAAGUCUCUCUCUCCCUCUCUCUUGGAACUGUGUGGAGUGGAGAGAGGUCUGGUCUGUGCUGUACGUUCUGAACAGCUGUAGUGUUCUGUAGAGGCUUGGUCUGUGCUGUACUGUUCUGACCAGCUGUAGUGUUCUGUAGAGGCUGGUCUGUGCUGGUACUGUAAUGAACAGCUGUAGUGUUCUGUAGCGGCUGGUCUGUGCUGUACUGUAAUGAACAGCUGUAGUGUUCUGUAGAGGCUGGUCUGUGCUGUACUGUAAUGAGCAGCUGUAGUGUUCUGGUAGAGGCUGGUCUGUACUGUAACUGUAAUGAACAGCUGUAGUGUUUCUGUAGAGGCUGGUCUGGUGCUGUACUGUAUGAACAGCUGUAGUGUUCUGUAGAGGCUGGGUCUGUGCUGUACUGUAAUGAACAGCUGUAGUGUUCUGUAGAGGCUGGUCUGUGCUGUACUGUAAUGAACAGCUGUAGUGUUCUGUAGAGGCUGGUCCUGUGCUGUACUGUAAUGAACAGCUGUAGUGUUCUGUAGAGGCUGGUCUGUUACUGUACUGUAAUGAACAGCUGUAGUGUUCUGUAGAGGCUGGUCUGUGCUGUACUGUAAUGAACAGCUGUAGUGUUCUGUAGAGGCUGGUCUGUGCUGUACGGUAAUGAACAGCUGUAGUGUUCUGUAGAGGGCUGGUCUGUGCUGUACUGUAAUGAACAGCUGUAGUGUUCUGUAGAGGCUGGUCUGUGCUGUACGUAAUGAACAGCUGUAGUGGUUCUGUAGAGGAUGGUCUGUGCUGUACUGUUCUGAACAGCUGUAGUGUUCUGUAAGCGGUCUGGUGCUGUACUGUUCUGAACAGCUGUAGUGUUCUGUAGAGGCUUCGUCGUACGAAAUAAACGCUGUAGGUUCGAGAGGCUGGUCGUCUGUACUGUUUGAACACUGUAUGUUUUUAAGCGGUCGGUGCUGUACGUUAAACAGCUUAGUGUCUGUAAGGCUGGUCUUGCUGCGGGUUUGAAACCUGAGUGUUUUUAAGGGGUCGUGCUGUACGAAUAACCUUAUUGUUUGUAGGGGCGGGCUGUGCUGUCCCUGAAAAAGUGUUGGGGUUGGAUGGUUUUGUACGAAAGCCAUUUAGGGGAAAGUUGUCUGGUUAAACUUAAAAACGUAUUUUUAUCUGUCUGUUUUGAAAUGUUUUUUGUAAUGCUUUUUUUGGUUGGGGUUUUGAAAGGGCGGUCUGUGCUUAGUUCCGUUAUUUUUGAGACUUUUUUACGUACAAAAUUUUGUUUUUUAGGGUGGGGGUGGGAAAAUGUCUGGGGGUUGUUUAUUUUGCUCCCAAUUUUUAAAAAUUUUUGGAAGGGGUUUAAUUUCCUUGGAAACCGGGGAACUUCCCCUUAUUUACCUGUAUUUUUUAGAUUUUGAUUGGGGGUUUGGAAAAAAAAAAUUUGGGGUCCUUUACAAUAUGGGGCAGUCUUGGAAACCCAAUAACACAAAAUUUUCUUUCCAAAUUAAACUUGGGUUUAAAAGGGUUGUUGUUGCCUUUGUUUAUACCCCUUUUCCAGUUCCAACUUUUCCCUUUUUUGUUUCAAACCCCCGGGUUCCAUUCCAAUUUGUCCUUUUAAACCCCUUUUUUUAGUUCCCGUUGUUUUUUUUCAUAACCCCCUUUUCCAGUUCCCACAACUUGGCCUGCCACCCCCUUUUUUCCCGCCCCCGGGUCCCCCCUAACCCCCCUGUGGUUAUUCCCACGGUAGCUUUUCCCUGCUUUCAAACCCCCCUUUUUUUUCCAUUUUCCACAAACUUGCCCCUGCUUUAUCCCCCCUGGGGUUCCAGUUCCACUUAGCUUGCCCCUUUUUAAAUUUAACCCCCUUGUGGCCUUUUCCCAAACGUACUUUUCCCUGCUUUCAAAACCCCCCUGGGGGUUCCAUUCCACUGCUUGUCCCUGCUUUAAAACCCCCCUGUGGUUCCAGUUCCACGGUCUGCCCCUGUUUUUCAUCCCCCCUGUGGUUCCAUUUCCUGAAAGUUGGCCCCGCUUUCAUAACCCUUGUGGUUCCAUUCCCCCGGGUAGUUUGCCCCUGUUUUCAAACCCCGGCCAAUUGGUAGUUUCCUUUUUAAACCCCGGGUGGUUUUUUGUGUUGUCCUGCUUUCAAAACCCCCCUGUGGUUCCAGUUCCAGGGGCUGGCCCCUUUUUCAAACCCCCUGGGUUUUCCCUUUUCCCCGGUAUUGUCCCUGCUUUCAUAACCCCCUGGGGUUUUCCAGUUCCCUAGCUGCCCUGUUUUUCAAAACCCCCCUGUUUUCCCAUUUCCCCACGGAGUUUGUCCCCUUUCAAAACCCCUUUGGUUCCGUUCCAGGGUAGCUUGCCCCUGCUUUCAUAACCCCCUGUGGUUCCAGUUCCACGUGUUUGUCCUGCUUUCAACCCCCUGUGGUUUCCAGUUCCACUGUGUUUUCCCCUGUUUUCAUAACCCCUUUUGGUUUCCAUUCCAGGGUACUUGCCCCCUUGUUUUCAAAACCCCCCUUGGGGUUUCCAGUUUCACUUAGCUGCCCCUUUUUAAAUAACCCCCUUGGUUCCAUUCCACUUUAGCUUUUCUGUUUUUAAAACCCCCCUUUUGGUUUCCAGUUCCACGUAUUUGGCCUUUUCACCCCCCUGGGGGGCCAUUUCAAUUAACUUCCCUCCAAAUGUAAAUGGGGGCGUGGGGUUUUGAAAAACCUUUUCCAUUCCCACUCUUUGGUUAAAUGUGGUUCGAAAAAAAUUUUCCCUUCCCUUUCAACUUUUUGGGGUAGAAAAAAGGGGGACGUGCUUACUGUUUGAACCUUGGGGUUCUUUUAGGGGCGGCUUGGGUAUGUUCGGGCAGCUUAAAAUUUCUGUAGAAGGGGGGUUUUUUGAAACUUUCUAACAUUAUUUUUGGGGGUGGUUUGGAUUUUCUGAAAUGAUUUCUUCCCUCUUCUGAACUUUUUAAAAAGUGGGAGAGGCUGGCUGGUGUAUGUUAAAACAGUGUAGUGUUCGUAGAGGCUGGUCGUGCGUACUGUUUAAACAGCUGAGUGUUUGUAGAGGCUGGUCUGUCUGUACUGUUCUAACAGCUUAGUGUUUUUUUUGGGGCUGGUCUGUGCUGUACUGUUCAAACAGCUGUAGGUUUGUAAGGCUGGUCUUGCUUACUGUUCUGACACGUAGUGUUCUGUAAGGCGGGUCUUGCUGUACUGAAAUAAAACACUGAGUGUUUUUAGGGUGGUCUGUGCUGUACUGUAAUAAACGCUGUAGGGUUUUUUAGAGGCGGUUGUGCUGUACUGUUUGAACAGCUGUAGUGUUUGUAGAGGGGGUCUGUGUUUCUUUGAACCUGAGUUUCUGAGAGGCGGGUUGUGCUGUAUGUUCUAACACGUGUGUUUUUAGAGUUGGUCUGUGCUGUACUGUAAUAAACUGUUGUUCUUGACUGGUCUUUGUACUUAAUGAACACUUAGGUUCGUAGAGGCUGGUCGUGCUGUACUUUAAAAACUGUAGUGUUUUUUUAGAGGCGGUCUGCUGCGUAAUGAACAGCUGUAUUUCUGAAGGGGGUUUUCUGUACUGUUAAACAGUGAGUGUUUUAGAGGGGGUUGUGUGUACUGUUUUGAACAGCUUAGUGUUCUGUAGGGGCUGGUCUGUCGUACUGUUUUGAACAGCUGUAUGUUUCUUAAGGCUGGUUGUGCUGUCCUGUUGAAACUGAGUUUUCUGUAGAGGCUGGCUGUGCUGUAUGUAAUAAAACCUGUAUUUUUCUGUGAGGCUUCUGUUGUCUGAAAGGGCCAGCUGUAGGGGUUCUGUAGAGGCUGGUCUGUGCUUCCUUCUGAACAUGUAGUGUUCUUAGAGGCGGGUUUUCUGUACUUUUGAAACAGCUGUAUUUCUGUGAGCGGUCUGUGCUGAAACUUUUCUAAACACUGUGGGGUUUUCGUAACGGUCUGUCUACUUUUAAGAACAUGUGUUUGAGAGGCUGGUCUGUUUUUGUCUGUUUUCAGCUGUAGUGUUCUGUAGGGGUUUGGUUUUUUGCGUAUUUUUUGUAUAACCCGCUGUAUUUUUCUUGGGUGGCUGUGCUUCUGUUUGACGCUGUAGUUUUCUGUAAAGGUGGUCUUCUGUACGUAAUGAAAUUGUAUUUCUUGAGGCUGGCUGUGCUGUACUGUUGAACAUGUAGUGUUCGUAGAGGCUGUUGUGCUGUACUUUUUAAAACAGCUGUGGGUUUUCUUUAAGGCGGCCCCUGGCGUACUGUAAUAACACUGUGGUUUUUUAAAGAGGGGUCUGUCUGUAAUGAACAGCUGUAGUUUUUCUGUAAGGGGGGCUUGUGUACUGUUUACACUGUAUUUUCUUGGGAGGCGGGUCGUGCGUACUUUUAAAACGGGCUGUGUUUCGCCGAGGCUGGCUGGGGCUGUCUUUUUCUGAACAGUUUUUAUUUUCUGAAAGGCUGGUCUGUGCUUACUGUUCAAACAGCUGUAGUGUUCUGUAGAGGCUGGUCUGGGUACGUAAUAAACGCUGAGUUUCUGGGGGCUGGUCCCGUGCUGUAUGUUUUAACACCUGUAUUUUCUUUAGAGGCUUCUGUGCUGUAUGUUCUGAACGCUGUUUUCGUAGAGGCUGGCUGUGCUUACUGUAAUGAACAGCUUUUUUCUUAAGGCUGGUCGGGCUGUACUGUAAUAAAACGCGUAAGUGUUUGUAAGGUUGGUCGUGCUGUCUGUUGAACGCUUAGUGUUCUGUAGAGGCGGGUCUUGCUUACUGUUAAACGCUGUAGUUUCGUAGAGGCUGGUCGUGCUGUACUGUAAUGAACAGCUGAAAGGGUUCGUAAGCGGGUCGUGCUGUCGUAAUAACAGCUGAGUGUUCUGUAGGGGCUGGUCUGUCUGUAUUUCAAACAGCGUAGGUUCUGUAGAGGCGGGUCUGUCUUUGUAAUGAACAGCUGUUUUUUAAGGGGGUUUUCUGUUAAAAAAGGGUGUUCUGUUGUUUUGGUUAUUUCUAACAGCUUAUGUUCGAGAGGUGGUCGUCUUACGUUAAAACACUGUAGUUUUCGUAAGGUGGCGUGCUUUACUGUAAUGAACAGCUGUGUUUUCUGUGAGGUGGUCGUGCUGUACUUUAAAAAACAGCUGUAGUGUUCUGUGAGGCUGGUCUGGCUGUACUGAAAUAACAGCGUUUGUUCUUAAGGCUGGUCGUGCUCGUAAACACUUAUUUUCUGUGAGGCUGGUCCGAAAUUAAGAACAGCUGUAGUGUUCUGUAGAGGCGGUUCUGUAUGUAAUAACAGCUGUAGUGUUCUGAGGGCUGGCCCCUGUGCUGUACUGUUAAACAGCUUAGUGUUCUGUAGAGGGGGGUCUGUACUUUUAAAAAAACAGCUGUAUGUUGUAGGGGUUUGGGGGAUGAAUGAAAGUGGGGGAAGGUUUUUUCUUCUGUUUCCUUUGUUUUUGGGGGGGUCUGUCGGUACUGAAAUAACAGCUGUAUUUUUCCAGAGGCGGUCUGUGUGUAUGUAAUGAACGCUGAGUGUUCUUAAAGGGGGCUGUCUUCGGGACUGUAAGACAGCUGUAGUGUUCUAUAGAGUUUGGGUCUGUGCUGUACUGUUGAACACUGUAGUGUUCUGUAAGGCUGGUUUGUGCUGAAAUAAUGAACCUGAGUUUUGGGGCGGGUCUUGCUGUACUGUUAAACAGUGUAGGUUUUUAGGGGCGGUCGUGUUUUACUGUUUGAACACUGUAGUUUUCUGUAGAGGCGGUCUUCUGUACGAAUGAACGCUGUAGUUUCUGAGAGGCGGGGUUCUUGCUGUACUGUUUAACACUUAGGUUUUUAGAGCGGGGUCUGGCUUAUGAAAUGACAUGUGUGUUCUGUAGAGGCGGUCGUACUGUACUGUAAUAAAGCUGUGGGGUUUCUGUAGGGCGGGUCUGUGUUUUACUGUUAAACACUUGGUUCUGAGAGCUGGUCUGUGCGUCUUAUGAAAACUGUAGUGUUCUGUAAGGCGGUCUGGUCGGUAUGUUGAACUGUUGUGUUUUCUGUAAGGCUGGUUGUGCUGUAGUUGGAACAGCUUAGUUUUUCUUAGAGGCUGGUCUGGCUGUACUGUUUUGCACGGGGUUUUUCUGUAGAGGCUGUCGUGCUGCUUUUCUGAACAGCUGUAUUUUUUCUUAGAGGGGUCUUUGUUUUGUAAUGAACAGCUUAGGGUUCGUAGGGGCUGGUCGUGCUUACUUUUGGGCCACUGUGGGUUUUCGUAGAGGCUGGUCUGUGCUUACUUUUUGAACGCUUUUGUUUUUUAGAGGUGGUCUGUAACUGUAAGAAAGCUUGUAGUUUCUGUAGAGGCGGUUUGUGCGUACUUUUUCUGAACAGCUUGGGUUUUCUGUAGAGGGGGUCGUGCGUAGGAAUGAACGUGUAGUUCUAGGGGCGGGGUUUUGGUUUAAAAGUUUUAACCUGUAGUGUUCUGUGAGGCGGGGGUCUUCUGCUGUUUAAACAGCUGUGUGUCUUAGGGCGGGUCUGUGCUUACUGUUAAACACUGUAUUUUAAAGAGGCUGGUCUGUGUUACUUUAAUGAACACUGUAGUUCUUAGGGGCGGGGGCUGGCUGUACUUAUGAACAGCUGUAUGUUUGUAGAGGCGGUCGGCGUACUUUCUAAACAGCUUAGUGUUCGUAAGGCUGGUCUGUGCUGUCUGUAAUACGCUGUAUUGUUCAGGGGUGGUUGUGUGUACUUUUUAAAAACGCUGUAGUGUUUUAAGGCGUCUGUGCUUACUGUUUGAACCUGUAGUGUUCUGAAGGCGGGUCGGGCUGUCUGUAAUGAACGCGUGUUUCUGAGAGGCUGGUCUUGCGUACUUUUUAAACAGUGUGGUUUUAUGACGGGUCUGUGCGAAAUGAAAAUGAACAGCUUUGUUUGUAAGGGGGGCGGUAUUACUGAAAGACGGUAGUUUUUCUGUAAGGCUGGUCUUGGGGGCUGUAUGUUGAACGCUUUAGGUUCUUAGAGGCGGGUUUGGGUUUUUAAACUGUUGAACAGUGUAGUUUUUGUAGAGGGGGUGGUUGUUUAUUAAAUAAAAAGUUAGUUUUCUGUAGGGCUGGUCUGGGCUUCCCUGUUCAAACCUGUUGUUCUUAAGGGGUUUUUCUUAUUUUCAAACGUGUGUGUUUUCUUGGGGGUUUUUCUUUCUUUGUAGUUUUUUUAAAGGGGCUGGUCUUGCUGUAUGUAAUGAACACUGUAUGUUUGUAGACGGUCUUGCUUAUGUAAUGGCCAGCUGUAUGUUCUGUAAGGCUGGUCGUGCUGUACUCUUUCUAAACCAGCUGUAUGUUCGUGAGGCUGGUCUGACUGAAAUGACAGCUGUCGUUUUAGGGGCUGGUCUGUGCUGUAUGUUCUGAACAGCUUAGGUUUUUUUAGAGGCGGGUCUUGUGUCUGUAAAAACACGAGAUUCUGCGAGGCUGGCUGGCUGUACUUUUCUGAACAGCGGUAGGUUCUGGGUAGGGGCUGGUCUGUGGUACUUUCUGAACAGCGUAUUUUCUGUAGAGGGGGUCUGUCUGUACGAAAUGCAGUGUAGUGUUUAUAGAGGCUGUCUGUGCUAACGUGAAGCGUGGGUUUUUUUAGAGGCUGGUCUGUGCUGUCUGAAAGGGAACCCGCUGUAGUUUUUGAAAGGGCUGGUCGGUGCUGUCUUUUUCUGACAGCUGUUGUUCUUAGAGGCGGUCUGUGCUGUACUGUAAUCAGCUGUGUUUUCGUAAGGGGUCUGUACUUUUGUAAUGAACAGUUUAUGUUCGUAGGGGCUGGUCUGUUGUACUGUAGAACAGCUGAGGUUCUGUAGAGGGGGCUGGCUGUACGUAAUGAACAUGUAUGUUCUGUAAGGCGGUCUGUAUGUACGUAAUAACCUGUAGUGUUCUGUAAGGUGGCUGUGCUUUUUUUCUGAACACUUGUGUUUGUAAGGCGGGUCUUGCUGUCGUUCGAACAGCUGUAGUUUUGUAGGUGGUCUGUGCGGUUCUGUUGAACGUUAGUUUCGUAGAGGCGGGUCUGUCUGUACGAAAUGAACGCUGUGUUUCGUAGGGGCUGGUCGUGUUGUACUGUAAUGGCCAGCUGUAUGUUCUGUAGAGGCUGGUCUGUGCUGUACUCUUUCUGAACAGCUGUAGUGUUCUGUAGAGGCUGGUCUGUACUGUAAUGAACAGCUGUAGCGUUCUGUAGAGGCUGGUCUGUGCUGUACUGUUCUGAACAGCUGUAGUGUUCUGUAGAGGCUGGUCUGUGCUGUACUGUAAUGAACAGCUGUAGUAUUCUGCAGAGGCUGGUCUGUGCUGUACUGUUCUGAACAGCUGUAGUGUUCUGUAGAGGCUGGUCUGUGCUAUACUGUAAUGAACAGCUGUAGUGUUCUGUAGAGGCUGGUCUGUGCUGUAGUGUUCUGUAAAGACUGGUCAUGGCUCACAUCAACAGCAUAAUCCCAGAAACCCUAGACCCACUCCAAUUUGCAUACCGCCCCAACAGAUCCACAGAUGAUGCAAUCUCUAUCGCACUCCACACUGCCCUUUCCCACCUGGACAAGAGGAACACCUACGUGAGAAUGCUAUUCAUUGACUACAGCUCAGCAUUCAACACCAUAGUGCCCUCAAAGCUCAUCACUAAGCUAAGGAUCCUGGGACUAAACACCUCCCUCUGCAACUGGAUCCUGGACUUCCUGACGGGCCGCCCCCAGGUGGUAAGGGUAGGUAACAACACAUCUGCCACACUGAUCCUCAACACGGGGGCCCCUCAGGGGUGCGUGCUCAGUCCCCUCCUGUACUCUCUGUUCACCCAUGACUGCAUGGCCAGGCACGACUCCAACACCAUCAUUAAGUUUGCCGACGACACAACAGUGGUAGGCCUGAUCACCGACAACGAUGAGACAGCCUAUAGGGAGGAGGUCAGAGAUCUGGCCGUGUGGUGCCAGGACAACAACCUCUCCCUCAACGUGACCAAGACAAAGGAGAUGAUUGUGGACUACAGGAAAAAAAAAGAGGACUGAGCACGCCCCCAUUCUCAUCGACGGGGCUGUAGUGGAACAGGUUGAGAGCUUCAAGUUCCUUGGUGUCCACAUCACCAACGAACUAUCAUGGUCCAAACACACCAAGACAGUCGUGAAGAGGGCACGACAAAGCCUAUUCCCCCUCAGGAGACUAAAAAGAUUUGGCAUGGGUCCUCAGAUCCUCAAAAAAUUCUACAGCUGCACCAUCGAGAGCAUCCUGACUGGUUGCAUCACCGCCUGGUAUGGCAACUGCUUGGCCUCUGACCGCAAGGCACUACAGAGGGUAGUGCGUACGGCCCAGUACAUCACUGGGGCAAAGCUCCCUGCCAUCCAGGACCUCUAUACCAGGCGGUGUCAGAGGAAGGCCCUCAAAAUUGUCAAAGACUCCAGUCACCCUAGUCAUAGACUGUUCUCUCUGCUACCGCACGGCAAGCGGUACCGGAGUGCCAAGUCUAGGUCCAAAAGACUUCUCAACAGCUUCUACCCCCAAGCCAUAAGACUCCUGAACAGCUAAUCAUGGCUACCCGGACUAUUUGCACUGCCCCCCCACCCCAUCCUUUUUACGCUGCUGCUACUCUGUUAAGUAUUUAUGCAUAGUCACUUUAACUCUACCCACAUGUACAUAUUGCCUCAACUGCCUCAACUGGCCGGUGCCCCCGCACGUUUACUAUGCAACGGUACCCCCCUGUAUAUAUAGCCUCCCUACUGUCACUUUAUUCUAUUGUAUAUAUAGCCUCCCUACUGUCACUUUAUUUUUUACUUCUGCUCUUUUUUUUCUCAACACUUUUUUGUUGUUGUUUUAUUCUUACUUUUUUGUUUAAAAUAAAUGCACUGUUGGUUAAGGGCUGUAAGUAAGCAUUUCACUGUAAUGUCUGCACCUGUUGUAUUCGGCGCAUGUGACCAAUAAAAUUUGAUUUGAUUUGAUUUGAUUUGCUGUACUGUAAUGAACAGCUGUAGUGUUCUGUAGAGGCUGGUCUGUGCUGUACUGUAAUGAACAGCUGUAGUGUUCUGUAGAGGCUGGUCUGUGCUGUACUGUUCUGAACAGCUGUAGUGUUCUGUAGAGGCUGGUCUGUGCUGUACUGUAAUGAACAGCUGUAGUGUUCUGUAGAGGCUGGUCUGUGCUGUACUGUAAUGAACAGCUGUAGUGUUCUGUAGAGGCUGGUCUGUGCUGUACUGUAAUGAACAGCUGUAGUGUUCUGUAGAGGCUGGUCUGUGCUGUACUGUAAUGAACAGCUGUAGUGUUCUGUAGAGGCUGGUCUGUACUGUAAUGAACAGCUGUAGUGUUCUGUAGAGGCUGGUCUGUGCUGUACUGUAAUGAACAGCUGUAGUGUUCUGUAGAGGCUGGUCUGUGCUGUACUGUUCUGAACAGCUGUAGUGUUCUGUAGAGGCUGGUCUGUACUGUACUGUAAUGAACAGCUGUAGUGUUCCGUAGAGGCUGGUCUGUGCUGUACUGUAAUGAACAGCUGUAGUGUUCUAUAGAGGCUGGUCUGUACUGUAAUGAACAGCUGUAGUGUUCUAUAGAGGCUGGUCUGUGCUGUACUGUAAUGAACAGCUGUAGUGUUCUGUAGAGGCUGGUCUGUGCUGUACUGUAAUGAACAGCUGUAGUGUUCUGUAGAGGCUGGUCUGUGCUGUACUGUAAUGAACAGCUGUAGUGUUCUGUAGAGGCUGGUCUGUGCUGUACUGUAAUGAACAGCUGUAGUGUUCUGUAGAGGCUGGUCUGUACUGUACUGUAAUGAACAGCUGUAGUGUUCUGUAGAGGCUGGUCUGUACUGUACUGUUCUGAAAAGUCAGUCAGAGAGGUAGUACCCACCUCACUGUUCUCUAUCUGUCACAGGAUAAAGAGACAGAGAGAGAGAGGCAGAGGGAGAGAAAAAAAGAGAUAGGGCUGUCAUUCCACCUCAAAAAGAACAAGAAAGAGGAUUUCAACACUCACCUUCUCAGAUUGUUCUGAAAUCGUUUCUGUAGUUAGAAACAUUAUUUUGUUGAAAUAUAAUUUGAUCUCUGAGAAAUUAACCUAAUUGAUUACAGUAUCAGUUCUCUAUAUCUGACAAGUAGUAUGGAGCUGCUGCAUGGAGUAUUGCUUCUUCAUCCUUUGUAAUGUAUACCCUGUGAAUCUGGGGAUGUUUUUUUUCCCCCUGUUCAGAGAAAUUUGCCAUUGAAGUCGCUUGCAUUAUUUACCAUAAAUGAGUGUGAAAGUACCACGUUUUGCCCAAUAGAUGCCGCUGUUCGUGCUACUGCCACCACACCCUUUUAUCCAUGUUGCUGGUGUCUUGUGUUUAUUAUACUGAACAAAAAUAUAAACACAACAUGUAAAGUGUUGAUCCCAUGUUUCAUGAGCUGAAAUAAAAGAUCUCAGAAAUGUUCCAUACGCACAAAAAGCUUAUUUCUCUAAAAUGUUGUGCACAAAUUUGUUUACAUCCCUGUUAGUCAGCAUUUCUUAUUUGCCAAGAUAAUCCAUCUACCUGACAGGUGUGGCAUAUGAAGAAGCUGAUUAAACAGCAUGGUCAUUACACAGGUGCACCUUGUGCUGGGGACAAUAAAAGGCAACUCUAAAAUGUGCAGUUUUGUUACACAACACAAUGCCACAGAUGUGAGUGCAUACAUUUUCAUGUGUCCCAUUCAUUCUUACUGUUAUGUGUUCCCAUUCGUUCUGUUGGUAAAUCUGUUUCCUUUGCAAAGUGAAUAAUGACUUUACUGGAAGACAGGAGUCACGUAAUAAUGUAUUCUAACAUUGUGGCCAAGCAGGGCAGCCUUCAUCUGUAUACACACAGCAUUCAUUCAUGUGAUUAUGGCAAUGUUGAUAAAAUGAUUUAGAAAUUAGCGAAGGGCUGAACAUAAUAUGUUUAAUAUCCUGUUCUAUUGCUGUUGGAGUCAACCUGGUAGUCUAUGGUCAUAAUGGGUUUGCUACGAAAUGAAAGACUCUCUCCAUCCCACCCGCUCUGAACCGUCCCUCGCUUUCUGUGUAUUAAUGUGAUAACAUCAGUUAGGAUUAUGUCUACCUUAUUUCUGGAUACAUUUAGUCAUAUCUGACUUAUUUUCAAAUUUUUAUCGUAAUGUCCCUCUGAGUAUUAUAUAGUAGAAACACUAAGACUGAGUCCCAAAUGGCACCUUAUUCCCUAUAUAGUGCACUACUUUUAAUCAGGGCCCUAACUAUGGUUGCAUCCCAAAUGGCAUCCUAUUCCCUACAAAGUGCAAAAUUUUUGACCAGAGCCCUGUGGGCCCUGGACAAAAAUAGUGUACUGUAUAGGGAAUAGGGUUCCAUUUGGUACGAAGGCACUAUGAGACAUGUUGUCUGGAGUGAUAUCCAUAUAACACGUAUUUUCUCAUCUGUACUGUGUUUGAAGGAAAAGGUUGUUGUAAUGACACUUUGUGGAGGAUGUGAUAUGCCAUGUGUCUAUGUGUCAUCAACAUGUUCCUUUUUAUAGUUUCAGACAUUCAUACACAGUCACAUACUCUCACUCAUGUUCCUAAUAUUAGAGUGGUGGGGGUGGGAGGGGGGUCUGGCUGUUGUUAUUUUGGUCAUCCACACACAAACACACUCCUCCAGGAGGUCCUCCUACAUUACCUCUAGUGACCGUGCACCAAGUCCUUCAGUUCCAUCUGUCUCCAACCCUGUCUCCACACUACCAGUACCAAUCCACAUGAAUCACCUUAGGGUAUAAAAGAGAACUCACUAGCUGUGUAGUCUAGUUACAGUAGUGGCGCAUGGCUCUGUGGAAAGCAAGCUACACUCAUUUCCAUCUUUGUUCGUCAAUAGGAACUUUGGACCGUUGAGGCUUGAACUUGUCCCUGCUUUCAUAACCCCCUGUGGUUCCAGUUCCACGGUAGCUUGUCCCUGCUUUCAUAACCCCCUGUGGUUCCAGUUCCACGUUAGCUUGUCCCUGCUUUCAUAACCCCUUGUGGUUCCAGUUUCACGUUAGCUUGUCCCUGCUUUCAUAACCCCCUGUGGUUCCAGUUCCACUGUAGCUUGUCCCUGCUUUCAUAACCCCCUGUGGUUCCAGUUCCACGGUAGCUUGUCCCUGCUUUCAUAACCCCCUGUGGUUCCAGUUCCACAGUACCUUGGCCGUUUCAGGGCUCAACACAGUCAUGGUGCCUGGCCAGUCAAUUCACAACUUCCCUCUACUGUGAAGUGAGAGGAACGUGUGGUAUAUUUGAAUAACGCUUCUCACAUUCACUCACUCUUGGUUGAAAUGAUGUCUCUGAAAUGAAGUCUCUCUCUCCCUCUCUCUGGAACUGUGUGGAGUGGAGAGAGGCUGGACUGUGCUGUACUGUAAUGAACAGCUGUAGUGUUCUGUAGAGGCUGGACUGUGCUGUACUGUAAUGAACAGCUAUAGUGUUCUGUAGAGGCUGGUCUGUGCUGUACUGUAAUGAACAGCUGUAGUGUUCUGUAGAGGCUGGUCUGUGCUGUACUGUAAUGAACAGCUGUAGUGUUCAGUAGAGGCUGGUCUGUGCUGUACUGUAAUGAACAGCUGUAGUGUUCUGUAGAGGCUGGUCUGUGCUGUACUGUAAUGAACAGCUGUAGUGUUCUGUAGAGGCUGGUCUGUGCUGUACUGUAAUGAACAGCUGUAGUGUUCUGUAGAGGCUGGUCUGUGCUGUACUGUAAUGAACAGCUGUAGUGUUCUGUAGAGGCUGGUCUGUGCUGUACUGUAAUGAACAGCUGUAGUGUUCUGUAGAGGCUGGUCUGUGCUGUACUGUUCUGAACAGCUGUAGUGUUCUGUAGAGGCUGGUCUGUGCUGUACUGUAAUGAACAGCUGUAGUGUUCUGUAGAGGCUGGUCUGUGCUGUACUGUAAUGAACAGCUAUAGUGUUCUGUAGAGGCUGGUCUGUGCUGUACUGUAAUGAACAGCUGUAGUGUUCUGUAGAGGCUGGUCUGUGCUGUACUGUUCUGAACAGCUGUAGUGUUCUGUAGAGGCUGGUCUGUACUGUACUGUAAUGAACAGCUGUAGUGUUCUGUAGAGGCUGGUCUGUGCUGUACUGUAAUGAACAGCUGUAGUGUUCUGUAGAGGCUGGUCUGUGCUGUACUGUAAUGAACAGCUGUAGUGUUCUGUAGAGGCUGGUCUGUGCUGUACUGUUCUGAACAGCUGUAGUGUUCUAUAGAGGCUGGUCUGUGCUGUACUGUAAUGAACAGCUGUAGUGUUCUGUAGAGGCUGGUCUGUGCUGUACUGUAAUGAACAGCUGUAGUGUUCUGUAGAGGCUGGUCUGUGCUGUACUGUUCUGAACAGCUGUAGUGUUCUGUAGAGGCUGUAAGCUCUUACGUGGAGGGGGAGAGGGAGAGGGAGGGGGAACGCUCUUAGUUAUAUGGGCUCCGCAAAACUGUUCACUCUCAAAAGCAGCAACUAAGGAUGACAGUGUUGCUUUCAUGACUCCAUAACGCCUUCAAAAGUGCUAGACAGAUUUGAAUAUUCAUUACAAAAUAACCUAAAUGAAUUUUUAGACAAGCUGUUGUUAUAAAGAACUUGUUGUGAAGAACCUUAGAAGAAACACUGUUCAUUCAAUGAAAAGUUGAUGGACGGUCAAAUUGAAAAUCAUCAAACCAGUGAUGUCAUCUGAUGGUAUUAAUUUCCAAUGAAGACAAAUAGAAAGAUAAUAACAAUAAUAAUAAUAACAAUAAUCAUAAUAAUCUAGGCUGACUUGCUCACUGGUAUUCUACAAUGAAUGAAUUAUUAAUUAUUACAGUAUUACUGAUCUUAUGACCCUCUGUGUUCCAGGUCACCUGUACCAGACAUUAUGACGACGGGCCCGUCGGCACGGUACCGUCCCACCUGGGACCUGGCCCUGGACCCCCUGAUGUCCUGCAAGCUGUGCCUUGGGGAGUUCCCCUGCGAGCAGAUGACCACCAUCAGCCAGUGCCAAUGUGUCUUCUGCAGCCUGGUCAGUAGAUACAACCAACACACCUGAAUGGGUCAUGUUCAUUAGGCACAAAAUGGAAGAAAACAGACGGAAUCACACUCUUACUUACUUACUUUAUUGUCCCCAUGGGGAAAUGUUGUUGCAGUGUCAUGUACACAUUUAAAGUGGCGUUAAAUACAAAACAAGAUUGACAAUACAACUUUCAAUAACAGUCACGCACCAAUAAAAGUAGGAAAUAAGAAAUAAAACAUUUAAAACAUUUAAAACAAAGACUAGCCUGCUGGCCUUACGGGGUCAAUGAGAAUAUUUGCCCGAGCUAUUUAAGAGGGAUAUCACACCUGGCACAAAUGAUUGUCUCGUUCUAUUUUUCCUGCUGAGGGGUGCCCUAUACCUACGCCCAGAGGGGAGUAAUUCAAAGUCCAAGUACAGGGGGUGACUUGGGUCUAAAAUGAUUUUGUGAGCCUUACGGAGGGCCCUGACCUUAAAGAUCUCAUCCAGGCCUGUCUGUUUGACUCCAAGUACCUUACUUGCUGUGGUAAUAAUCCUUCUCAGCAUGUUUCUCUGACUGACAGUGGCAUUGCCAAACCAACAAACAAUACAAAAAGUUAAAAUACUUUCAAUAAAGGAUUUGUAAAACAGAGUCAAUAUAGUACAGUCUAUAUUAAAAGAACCCAACUUUUUUAGAAAGUACAGUCUCUGUUGGCUCUUUUUGUAGAUCUGGUCUGUACAUUUACUCCACUCUUCACCAAGCACAGAUCUACUUAAGUCAGUAGCAGUAUUGAAUUGAUCAUUUCUAUUCACAUUAAUAUAUAAAAGUGGUUAGAACAGAACAGGGAAGGAAGAGGAAUUUUUAAGCAUUUUUAAGCUAUUAAACAGAUAGAGUACAUGGCUUUAUUAAGACGGUUGUGUUAAUUAAGUACCAAACAGAAAACAGAGUGAAACAGGGAGGGACUACCUGAACUUGUCCAGUAGGAAAUGCACGUUUUCGUGUUCUGUUGCAAAACGUUUUGCUACGGUGUGCCUUAAUGAAUAAGACAGAAAGUGAAAAUGUUUAUUUUAUUUUAUUGGAUACUUCUAGGUAGUCCCUCCCCGUUUCAGUCUGUUUUCUUUCGUUUGGUGCCUAAUGAACUCAACCCAGUCUUAAUGUAUCCUGAUAUAGCCAUGUACUCUGACUGUGCACUUUCCCCUAGUACUCCUACACUUGAAAGGAAGUGUGCCUACUUAAGUAGAGCUGCACUUAGUGAAGAGUGUGAUUGAGAACAGGACAGCACUCAGCAGUGCUGAACAUACUGUACUAUAGGGCUCUGGUCAAAAGUAGUGCACUAUAAAAUGAAUAGGGUGCCAUUUGGAACACAGACCUAUUCUGAUGCGGAGGAGCAGCUUGGACUGUGAUGAUGUAACUGCCCUGUUCUUGUUCCUCCUAAGUGAGAGUGUGACUAGUUAAGAGUGGACGUCAACAUUAUGUAACGUCUGCCUGCCUGUGUCAUCAUGUAGGCUGAAAGCUAAACUAGAGAACUGGGCUAAGUCCUGUUCUGUUCUGUUCUGUCAUGUACUGUGCUGUUCUGUCCUGUACUGUGCUGUUCAGUCCUGUGCUGUCCUGUGCUGUUCUGUACUGUGCUGUUCUGUCCUGUGCUGUCCUGUCCUGGACUGUUCUGUUCUGUGCUGUCCUGUCCUGUCCUGUGCUGUCCUGUCCUGUCCUGUCCUGUCCUGUCCUGUCCUGUCCUGUCCUGUCCUGUCCUGUCCUGUUCUGUUCUGUACUGUGCUGUCCUGUGCUGUUCUGUUCUGUGCUGUUCUGUCCUGUGCUGUUCUGUACUGUGCUGUUCUGUCCUGUCCUGUGCUGUCCUGUCCUGGACUGUUCUGUUCUGUGCUGUCCUGUCCUGUCCUGUCCUGUGCUGUCCUGUCCUGUCCUGUCCUGUCCUGUCCUGUCCUGUCCUGUCCUGUCCUGUCCUGUCCUGUGCUGUUCUGUGCUGUGCUGUCCUGUCCUGUCCUGUUCUGUGCUGUGCUGUUCUGUACUCUCUGUGACAUAACAGUAGAGAAGGUGUUUCCCCUAGCUAUAGCAUACUUGAUGAUAAUACUGUUUGCAUCCCAAAUGGUACCCUAUUCCCUUUACAUUUACAUUUACAUUUUAGUCAUUUAGCAGACGCUCUUAACCAGAGCGACUUACAGGAGCAAUUAGGGUUAAGUGCCUUGCUCAAGGGCACAUUAACGUCAUUUAGCAGACGCUCUUAGCCAGAGCGACUCACAAAUUGGUGCGUUCACCCUAUAGCCAGUGGGAUAACCACUUUACAAUUUGGGGGGGGGGGGGGGGGGGGGUUAGAAGGAAUACUUUAGCCUAUCCCAGGUAUUCCUUAAAGAGGUGGGGUUUCAAAUGUCUCCGGAAGGUGGUGAGUGACUCCGCUGUCCUGGCGUCGUGAGGGAGCUUGUUCCACCAUUGGGGUGCCAGAGCAGCGAACAGUUUUGACUGGGCUGAGGGGGAGCUGUGCUUCCGCAGAGGAAGGGGAGCCAGCAGGCCAGAGGUGGAUGAACGCAAUGUCCUCGUUUGGGUGUAGGGACUGAUCAGAGCCUGAAGGUACAGGGGUGCCGUUCCCCUCACUGCUCCAAAGGCAAGCACCAUGGUCUUGUAGCGGAUGCGAGCUUCAAUUGGAAGCCAGUGGAGUGUGCGGAGGAGGGGGGUGACGUGAGAGAACUUGGGAAGGUUGAACACCAGACGGGCUGCGGCAUUCUGGAUGAGUUGUAGGGGUUUAAUGGCACAGGCAGGGAGCCCAGCCAACAGCGAGUUGCAGUAGUCCAGACGGGAGAUGACAAGUGCCUGGACCAGGACCUGCGCCGCUUCCUGUGUAAGGCAGGGUCGCACUCUCCGAAUGUUGUAGAGCAUGAACCUGCAGGAGCGGGUCACCGCCUUGAUGUUGGCGGAGAACGACAGGGUGUUGUCCAGGGUCACGCCUAGGCUCUUCGCACUCUGGGAGGAGGACACAGCGGAGUUGUCUACCGUGAUGGCGAGAUCAUGGAACGGGCAGUCCUUCCCGGGGAGGAAGAGCAGCUCCGUCUUGCCAGGGUUCAGCUUGAGGUGGUGAUCCGUCAUCCAUACUGAUAUGUCUGCCAGACAUGCAGAGAUGCGAUUCGCCACCUGGUGAUCAGAAGGGGGAAAGGAGAAGAUUAGUUGUGUAUCGUCAGCGUAGCAAUGAUAGGAAAGGCCAUGUGAGGAUAUGACAGAGCCAAGUGACUUGGUGUAUAGGGAGAAAAGGAGAGGGCCCAAAACCGAUCCCUGGGGGACACCAGUGGUGAGAGCACGUGGUGCGGAGACAGCUUCCCGCCACGCCACUUGGUAGGAGCGACCGGUCAGGUAGGACGCAAUCCAGGAGUGAGCCGCGCCGGAGAUGCCCAUUUCGGAGAGGGUGGAGAGGAGGAUCUGAUGGUUCACAGUAUCAAAGGCAGCAGACAGAUCUAGAAGGACAAGAGCAGAGGAGAGAGAGUUAGCUUUAGCAGUGCGGAGAGUCUCUGUGACACAGAGAAGAGCAGUCUCAGUUGAAUGACCAGUCCUGAAACCUGAUUGGUUUGGAUCAAGAAGGUCAUUCUGAGAGAGAUAGCAAGAGAGUUGGCUAAAGACGGCACGCUCAAUAGUUUUUGGAAAGAAAAGAAAGAAGGGAUACUGGUCUGUAGUUGUUGACAUCAGUGGGGUCGAGUGUUGGUUUUUUGAGAAGGGGAGUAACUCUCGCUCUCUUGAAGACGGAAGGGACAUGGCCAGCGGUCAAGGAUGAGUUGAUCAGCGAGGUGAGGUAGGGGAGAAGGUCACCGGAGAUGGUCUGGAGAAGGGAGGAGGGGAUGGGGUCAAGCGGGCAGGUUGUUGGGCGGCCUGCAGUCACAAGUCGCAGGAUCUUAUCUGGAGAGAGAGGGGAGAAAGAAGUCAAAGCAUAGGGUAGGGCAGUGUGAGCAGGACCAGCAGUGUCAUUAGGCUUAACAAACAAGGAUCGGAUGUCGUCAACCUUCUUUUCAAAGUGGUUGACGAAGUCAUCCACAGAGAGAGAGGAGGGGGGGAGGGGGGGGGGGGAGGAUUCAGGAGGGAGGAAAAUGUGGCAAAGAGCUUCCUAGGGUUAGAGGCAGAUGCUUGGAAUUUAGAGUGGUAGAAGGUGGCCUUAGCAGCAGAAACAGAUGAAGAAAAUGUAGAGAGGAGGGAGUGAAAAGAUGCCAGGUCGGCAGGGAAUUUAGUUUUCUUCCAUUUCCGCUCCGCUGCCCGGAGCUCUGUUCUGUGAGCUCGCAAUGAGUCAUCAAGCCACGGAGCUGGAGGGGAGGACCGAGCCGGCCGUGAGGAUAGGGGACACAGAGAGUCAAAGGAUGCAGAAAGGGAGGAGAGGAGGGUUGAGGAGGCAGAAUCAGGAGAUUGGAGGGAGAAGGAUUGAGCAGAGGGAAGAGAUGAUAGGAUGGAAGAGGAGAGAGUAGUGGGAGAGAGAGAGCGAAGGUUGCGGCGGCGCAUUACCAUCUGUGUAGGGGCGGAGUGAGUAGUGUGGGAGGAGAGUGAGAGAGAAAAGGAAACAAAGUAGUGGUCGGAGACUUGGAGGGGAGUUGCAGUGAGAUUAGUAGAGGAGCAGCAUCUAGUGAAGAUGAGGUCAAGCGUAUUGCCUGCCUUGUGAGUAGGGGGGGACGGUGAGAGGGUGAGGUCAAAAGAGGAGAGGAGUGGAAAGAAGGAGGCAGAGAGAAAUGAGUCAAAUGUGGACAUAGGGAGGUUGAAAUCCCCCAAAACUGUGAGGGGUGAGCCAUCCUCAGGGAAGGAACUUAUCAAGGCGUCAAGCUCAUUGAUGAACUCUCCAAGGGAACCUGGAGGGCGAUAGAUGACAAGGAUAUUAAGCUUAAAUGGGCUAGUGACUGUGACAGCAUGGAAUUCAAAUGAGGAGAUAGACAGAUGGGUUAGGGGAAAAAUUGAGAAUGUCCACUUGGGAGAGAUGAGGAUUCCUGUACCACCACCCCUCUGACCAGAUGCUCUCGGGGUAUGCGAGAACACAUGGUCAGACGAGGAGAGAGCAGUAGGAGUAGCGGUGUUUUCAGUGGUGAUCCAUGUUUCCGUCAGCGCCAGGAAGUCGAGGGACUGGAGGUUGGCAUAGGCUGGGAUGAAGUCAGCUUUGUUGGCAGCAGAACGGCAGUUCCAGAGGCUGCCUGCGACCUGGAACUCCACGUGGGUGGUGCGUGCAGGGACCACCAAAUUGGAGAGGCAGCAGCCACGCGGUGUGGUGCGUUUGUGUAGCCUGUGCAGAGAGGAGAGAACAGGGAUAGGCAGAGGCAUAGUUGACAGGCUGUAGCAAAUGGCUACAAAAAUGCAGAGGAGAUCGGAAUGAAAUGUGCACCCUUUAGAGUGCACUACUUUGCUCUGGUCAAAAGUAGUGCACUAUAUUGGGGAUAAGGUGCAAUUUGGGACGCACACACUAUCCAUUGUAUUUUAUAAUCCUUUGCUUCUCCCUUGCAGUGCCUGAAGCAGUAUGUGGAACUUCUGAUCAAAGAGGGCCUCGAAACCGCUAUUAGCUGCCCAGACUCUGCCUGCCCAAAACAAGGUCACCUGCUAGAGAACGAGGUAAAGUAAAGUAGUCCUACCAGGCUUCCUAUUGAACUCACUGGCCUGUUCCAAAUGGCACCCUAUUCCCUAUGUAGUGCACUACUUUUGACCAGGGCCUAUAAGUAGGGAAUAGGGUGCCAUUUGAGAUGCUGCCACUGAGAUCUCCAAGUACUGUAGCUAUUUGACUCUAUUCCCAUUCAACCUGGAUGUGUCUUCAACAGAUCAGGAGUGCAACAAGCAGGGUGAUGAGAGACUUAACCAAUAUCUGUGUAUGUCUCUACGUAUGUCUCUCUCUUGCAGAUUGAAUGCAUGGUGGCAGCAGGGAGCAUGCAGAGGUAUAGGAGGCUGCAGUUUGAGAGAGGUGCGUACAGGCAACUUCCUUGACCUCCAACCCCUGACACUGUCGCUGGGUCACAAGCUAUGGUAGUGGAGAGGGCGAGUCAUCAAUGUGACUCCCUCUUUCCUCCACUGUAAACCUAUCUUAACCUCUCAAAACAUUAUAUAAGACUCUCAGAGAGAAGAGACAGAGUGGACACCGGACGGGUCACAGCCCUGAUCACUAACCCAGUAACCCUUGAACCUUAACCCUGACACUGACCAUUCAGGCUGUAGGAGUAGAUAGAAGGGAGACACUGGACUGUUUAUGCAGUAAUGUGUCUUCUUUCUCCUCUACUUUGAGACCUAUCUUAACCUCUGUUCAAAUGACAUUAGGCUCUCCAAGAGAAGAAGAGACAGAGUGGAAGGCUGGGAGCGUUUUCUCUCCAGCUUAACUAAUCAAAUUCAGUUUCAUUGGAUUUGUGUAGGAUUUAAUUGGCAACCUCUUCAGAAAAACAAUCCCAAGACAUCUGGCUCAUGGAUAAUGAGAACUUUGUAAUUUUAGUCGAUACACACACACACACACACACACAGCAGUUGUUGUUAUAUGUCCUGUACUGGAUGAGUGAGGCUUUUAUUUUGACUCCUGACCACCGAAUAGUUCAAGAAGAUUAGCAUAAUCGUGAUGAGAGGGAGAUCAAGCCAGGACACAGAAUCAUACUGUAUCUCAGAAUAGCUUUUAUUGAGAUGCCAAAGAUGGAGAAGUGAAAAUGGCUUCAAAAGUUGUGCUAGUAGUCUUGUUCUAAAUCAAAUCAAAUCACAUUUUAUUUGUCACAUGCGCCGAAUACAACAGGUAUAGACCUUACCUUGAAAUGCUUACUUACAAGCCCUUAACCAACAAUGCAGUUUUAAGAAAAUAGAGUUAAGAAAAUAUUUACUAAAUCAACUAAAGUUUAAAAAAAAAAAUGAAAAAAAAGUAACACAAUAAAAUAACAAUAAUGAGGCUAUAUACAAGGGGUACUGGUACCGAGUCAAUGUGCGGGGGUACAGGUUAGUCGAGGUAAUUUGUACAUGUUGGUAGGGGUAAACUGACUAUGCAUAGAUAAUAAACAGUGAGUAGCAGCAGUGUAAUGCAAAUAGUCCAGGUAGCCAUUUGAUUAAUUGUUCAGGAGUCUUAUGGCUUGGGGGUAGAAGCUCCGGUACCGCUUGCCGUGCGGUAGCAGAGACAACAGUCUAUGACUUGGGUGACUGGAGUCUUUGACAAUUUUUUGGGCCUUCCUCUGACACCGCCUGGUAUAUAGGUCCUGGAUGGCAGGCAGCUUGGCCCCUGUGAUGUACUGGGCCGUACGCACUACCCUCUGUAGCACCUUACGGUCGGAUGCCGAGCAGUUGCCAUACCAGGCUGUGAUGCAACCGGUCAGGAUGCUCUCGAUGGUGCAGCUGUAUAACUUUUUGAGGAUCUGGGGACCCAUGCCAAAUCUUUUCAGUCUCCUGAGCGGGAAAAGGCGUUGUUGUGACCUCUUCUUUACUUUCUUGGUGUGUUUGGACCAUGAUAGUUUGUUGGUGACGUGGACACCAAGGAUCUUGAAACUCUCGACCCACUCCACUACAGCCCCGUCGAUGUAAAUGGGGGCGUGUUCGGCCCUCCUUUUCCUGUAGUCCUCGAUCAUCUCCUUUGUCUUGCUCACGUUGAGGGUGAGGUUGUUGUCCUGGCACCACACUGCCAGGUCUCUGACCUCCUCCCUAUAGGCUGUCUCAUCUUUGUCGGUGAUCAGGCCAACCACCGUUGUGUCGUCAGCAAACUUAAUGAUGGUGUUGGAGUCGUGCUUGGCCACGCAGUCAUGGGUGAACAGGGGGUACAGGAUGGGACUAAGCACACACCCCUGAGGGGCCCCCGUGUUGAGGAUCAGCGUGGCAGGUGUAUUUUUGCCUUCCCUUACCACCUGUGGGCGACCCGUGAGGAAGUCCAGGAUCCAGUUGCAGAGGGAGGUGUUUAGUCCCAGGGUCCUUAGCUUAGUGAUGAGCUUUGUGGGCACUAUGGUGUUGAACGCUGAGCUGUAGUUAAUGAACAGCAUUCUCACAUACAGUGGGGAGAACAAGUAUUUGAUACACUGCCGAUUUUGCAGGUUUUCCUACUUACAAAGCAUGUAGAGGUCUGUCAUUUUUAUCAUAGGUACACUUCAACUAUGAGAGACUGAAUCUAAAACAAAAAUCCAGAAAAUCACAUUGUAUGAUUUUUAAGUAAUUAAUUUGCAUUUUAUUGCAUGACAUAAGUAUUUGAUCACCUACCAACCAGUAAGAAUUCCGGCUCUCACAGACCUGUUAGUUUUUCUUUAAGAAGCCCUCCUGUUCUCCACUCAUUACCUGUAUUAACUGCACCUGUUUUAACUCGGUACCUGUAUAAAAGACACCUGUCCACACACUCAAUCAAACAGACUCCAACCUCUCCACAAUGGCCAAGACCAGAGAGCUGUGUAAGGACAUCAGGGAUAAAAUUGUAGACCUGCACAAGGCUGGGAUGGGCUACAGGACAAUAGGCAAGCAGCUUGGUGAGAAGGCAACAACUGUUGGCGCAAUUAUUAGAAAAUUGAAGAAGUUCAAGAUGACGGCCCUCGGUCUGGGGCUCCAUGCAAGAUCUCACCUCGUGGGGCAUCAAUGAUCAUGAGGAAGGUGAGGGAACAGCCCAGAACUACACGGCAGGACCUGGUCAAUGACCUGAAGAGAGCUGGGACCACAGUCUCAAAGAAAACCAUUAGUAACACACUACGCCGUCAUGGAUUAAAAUCCUGCAGCGCACGCAAGGUCCCCCUGCUCAAGCCAGCACAUGUCCAGGCCCGUCUGAAGUUUGCCAAUGACCAUCUGGAUGAUCCAGAGGAGGAAUGGGAGAAGGUCAUGUGGUCUGAUGAGACAAAAAUAGAGCUUUUUGGUCUAAACUCCACUCGCCGUGUUUGGAGGAAGAAGAAGGAUGAGUACAACCCCAAGAACACCAUCCCAACCGUGAAGCAUGGAGGUGGAAACAUCAUUCUUUGGGGAUGCUUUUCUGCAAAGGGGACAGGACGACUGCACCGUAUUGAGGGGAGGAUGGAUGGGGCCAUGUAUCGCGAGAUCUUGGCCAACAACCCCCUUCCCUCAGUAAGAGCAUUUAAGAUGGGUCGUGGCUGGGUCUUCCAGCAUGACCACGACCCGAAACACACAGCCAGGGCAACUAAGGAGUGGCUCCAUAAGAAGCAUCUCAAGGUCCUGGAGUGGCCUAGCCUUUCUCCAGACCUGAACCCAAUAGAAAAUCUUUGGAGGGAGCUGAAAGUCCGUAUUGCCUAGCGACAGCCCCGAAACCUGAAGGAUCUGGAGAAGGUCUGUAUGGAGGAGUGGGCCAAAAUCCCUGCUGCAGUGUGUGCAAACCUGGUCAAGAACUACAGGAAACGUAUGAUUCCGUCUCUCACAGUUGAAGUGUACCUAUGAUGAAAAUUACAGACCUCUACAUGCUUUGUAAGUAGGAAAACCUGCAAAAUCGGCAGUGUAUCAAAUACUUGUUCUCCCCACUGUAGGUGUUCCUUUUGUCCAGGUGGGAAAGGGCAGUGUGGAGUGCGAUUGUGAUUGCGUCAUCUGUGGAUCUGUUUGGGCGGUAUGCGAAUUGAAGUGGGUCUAGUGUUUCCUGGAUGAUGGUGUUGAUGUGAGCCAUGACCAGCCUUUCAAAGCACUUCAUGGCUACCGACAUGAGUGCUACGGGGCGGUAGUCAUUUAGGCAGGUUACCGUCGCUUUCUUGGGCACAGGGACUAUGGUGGUCUGCUUGAAACAUGUAGGUAUUACACACUCGGUCAGGGAGAGGUUGAAAAUGUCAGUGAAGACACUUGCCAGUUGGUCCGCGCAUGCUCGGAGUACACAUCCUGGUAAUCCGCCUGGCCUUGUGAAUGUUGACCUGUUUAAAGGUCUUGCUCACAUCGGCUACGGAGAGCAUGAUCACACAGUCGUCCGGAACAGCUGGUGCUGUCAUGCAUGCUUCAUUGUUGUUUGCCUCGACGCGAGCAUGAAAGGCAUUUAGCCCGUCUGGUAGGCUCGCGUCACUGGGCAUCUCCUGACUGGGUUUCCCUUUGUAGUCCGUAAUAGUUUGCAAGCCCUGCCACAUCCGACUAGCGUCAGGAUUCAAUCUUAGUCCUGUAUUGACGCUUUGCCUGUUUGAUGGUUCGUCUGAGGGUAUAGCUGGAUUUCUUAUAAGCGUCCAGAUUAGUGUCCCGCUCCUUGAAAGCGGCAGCUCUAGCCUUUAGCUCGAUGCAGAUGUUGCCUGUAAUCCAUGGCUUCUGGUUAGGAUAUGUACGUACGGUCACUGUGGGGAUGACGUCGUCGAUGCACUUAUUGAUGAAGCCGGUGACUGAGGUGGUACACUCCUCAAUGCCAUUGGAUGAAUCCCAGAACAUAUUCUGUGCUAGUAAAACAGUCCUGUAGCGUAGCAUCCGCGUCAUCUGACCACUUCCGUAUUGAGCGAGCCACUGGUACUUCCUGCUUUAGUUUUUGCUUGUAAGCAGGAAUCAGGAGGAUAUAAUUAUAGUCAGAUUUGCCAAAUAGAGGGCGAGGGAGAGCUUUGUAUGUGUCUCUGUGUGUGGAGUAAAGGUGGUCUAGAGUUUUUGUUUUCCUCUGGUUGCACAUGUCAUGCUGGUAGAAAUGAGGUAAAACAGAUUUAAGUUUGCCUGCAUUAAAGUCCCCAGCCACUAGGAGCACCGUUUCUGGAUGAGCAUUUUCUUGUUUGCUUAUGGCCUUAUAAAGCUUGUUGAGUGUGGUCUUAGUGCCAGCGUCGGUUUGUGGUGGUAAAUAGACGGCUACGAAAAAUAUAGAUGAAAACUCUCUUGGUAGAUAGUGUGGUCUACAGCUUAUCAUGAGGUACUCUACCUCAGGCGAGCAAUACCUCGAGACUACCUUAAUAUUAGACAUUGCGCACCAGCUGUUAUUGACAAAUAGACACACACCCCCACCCCUCGUCUUACCGGACUUGGCUGUUCUGUCCUGCCGAUGCACAGAAAACCCAGCCAACUGUAUAUUAUCCGUGUAGUCGUUCAGCCACGACUCGGUGACACAUAAGAUAUUACAGUUUUGAAUGUCCCGUUAAUAGGAUAGUCUCGAACGGAGCUCAUCCAGUUUAUUCUCCAGUGAUUGCACGUUGGCCAAUAGAACGGAUGGUAGAGGCAGGUUACCCACUCGCCAACAAAUUCUCCCAAGGCACCCUGAUCUCCUUCCCCUGAAUUUCCUUAUUUUCUUCAUGUGAAUGACGGGGAUUUGGGCCUUGUCUGGGAGCAACAUUAUAUCCUUCGCGUCAGACUCAUUAAAGAAAAAGUAUUAGUCCAGUUUGAGGUGAGUAAUCGCUGUUCUGAUAUCCAGAAGCUAUUUUCGGUCAUAAGAGACGGUAGCAGCAACAUUAGGUACAAAAUUAGUUACAAACAAUGUGAAAAAACACACAAAAUAGCACAAUUGGUUAUGAGCCCGUAAAACGGCAGCCAUCCCCUCCGGCGCCAUUCUUCUUCUGCUUGAUCUUCUGUUGGGUGUGCCGUUCCCACAUGUUCCCCAGUGGAGGUAUGAGGUCCCAGCCAUAGAAAUACAAUGACUAGUACGUGAUUCCCCAUUUUAAGUCAACGUUCCUGUGAUGGGUGGACCGGCGGCCGAUUUGACUGUACCAAUAAGUCUAUUUCUAUGGUAUCAGGCAGCUCUGUCCCUGUGUGAUGGGAGGAAAAUGGUGGAAAAUGGACUGAAACAGGGAGGGACUACCUGAACUCAUCCAAUAAGAAAUACAUAUUUUAGUUUUCCACUGCAAAACGUUUUGUUACAAUGUGCUGUAAUGAAUACGACCCUGUCCCUGUGUUUGUUCUACAGAGGUAUUGCUGGACCCGUGUCGGACCUGGUGCCCGUCCUCGUCAUGCCAGGCAGUGUGCCAACUGAAAGAGGGGGAAGUGGCGCUGCCACAGCUGGUCCAGUGCUCCGUGUGCAGGCUGGAGUUCUGCUCGGUAUGCCGGGCCAGCUGGCAUAAAGGACAGGCCUGCCAGGACAACAUGCCCAUCAUCACCUUCCUACCCGGGGAGACCAGGUAGGCUACUACAUUACUACUACUACUACUACUACUACCACCACUACAAACAUACCUACAACACACCUACUACAUUACUACUACUACUACCACCACUACAAACAUACCUACAACACUACUACUACAACACACCUACUACAUUACUACUACUACUACCACCACUACAAACAUACCUACAACACACCUACUACUACUACCACCACUACAAACAUACCUACAACACUACUACUACAACACACCUACUACUACUAACCUACUGUACACUAUCACACCUUCCUACCAGGUCGGCUUCAACACUGGAUAACACAACACUCCUACUGUAGGCUACACUAUCAUCAUACUGAUACACAAACUCUGUCUCACAAUAGUAUAAUAAUACUCUUAGCUAAAAUGUUUCUUAAUUUACAAUCUGUAGAAACUAUGAGAAUAGAAAGGUUUAGAACUUUUGUGAAACAUCACAGCACAGUGGGAAAAUAUGGAUGGUCUUCAGCCAUAGAUGGUAGUGGUUGAGGGUAGCUAAAGGAUGGGGAAAAUAUAUAUGGGGGAUUGGAAGCCACAAUCUAUCUGCAAUAUUAAAGCUGAUAUACCCCCCCCCCCCCCAAAAAAAAAGGUACUCUGUCACAAUAACACUCAGGACUACACACCAGGGUAGGGUUCAGCAGGGACCAGGGUAGGGUUCAGCAGGGACCAGGGUAGGGUUCAGUAGGGACCAGGGUAGGGUUCAGUAGGGACCAGGGUAGGGUUCGGGAGGGACCAGAGUAGGGUUCAGGAGGGACCAGAGUAGGGUUCAGCAGGGACCAGGUUAGGGUUCAGCAGGGACCAGGAUAGGGACCAGGGUAGGGUUCAGUAGGGACCAGGGUAGGGUUCAGUAGGGACCAGGGUAGGGUUCACUAGGGACCAGGGUAGGGAUCAGUAGGGACCAGGUUAGGGUUCACUAGGGACCAGAGUAGAGUUCAGUAGGGACCAGAGUAGAGUUCAGUAGGGACCAGAGUAGAGUUCAGUAGGGACCAGGGUAGGGUUCGAUAGGGACCAGGGUAGGGUUCAGUAGGGACCAGGGUAGGGUUCAGUAGGGUUCAGGGUAGGGUUCGAUAGGGACCAGGGUAGAGUUCGAUAGGGACCAGGGUAGAGUUCAGUAGGGACCAGGGUAGGGUUCAGUAGGGACCAGGGUAGGGUUCAGUAGGGAUCAGGGUAGGGUUCGAUAGGGACCAGGGUAGAGUUCGAUAGGGACCAGGGUAGAGUUCAGUAGGGACCUGGGUAGGGUUCGGUAGGGAUCAGGGUAGGGUUCGGUAGGGACCAGGGUAGGGUUCGAUAGGGACCAGGGUAGGGUUCGAUAGGGACCAGGGUAGGGUUCAGUAGGGACCCGGGUAGGGUUCAGUAGGGAAGAAACACAACACAGCCCAAUAUAGAGUCAAUGACGGAGUGAUGUCUAGCUGUUAGAUUCACUCUUAUUAUCCCUGACAGUGCAGUAUGUACUGGUCUAUCUAUGCCCUAUCCCCUGACGUUCAUUGUCUUUCAGUUCCUUCUACAAGAGCGAUGAUGACGACGCGCCCAUCAAGCGCUGUCCCAAGUGUAAGGUGUACAUCGAGAGGGAUGAGGGCUGUGCUCAGAUGAUGUGCAAGAACUGUAAGCACGCCUUCUGCUGGUACUGCCUGGAGUCUCUAGACGUGAGUAGAACACAUAAACACUGAACACAAACACACCCUUCUGCUGGUACUGCCUGAGCCUGCCAUAGCGAUACAGUCUAAUACUCUAAUACUCUAGUGUUCUAUUGAAUUGUGUGGAACCUGCACAUAGUGACCAAAUAACAGAGCUUGUAAAACAGAUGAUGCCACUGCCACAUAAACUCAGUGGCCAGUUUCACAAAAAAAGUUUACUUCUACAGACAUUGAAUGACGUGUACCGUGGCUUGCGAUAUAAAGCAGGCAGACAGGCAUCGAGGCAUUCAGUUUUUGUUCGAUUGAACGUUAGAAUGUGCAAAACGAGUGACCUAAGCAACUUUGAGCGUGGUAUGACUGUCAGUGCCAGGCGCGGAAAACCAUUGCCAGGUCCGACGAAUCCCGGUUCCUGUUGCGUCAUGCUGAUGGCAGAGUCAAGAUUUGGCAUAGGCAGAAUGAGUCCAUGGCCCCAUCCUGCCUGGUGUCAACGGUACAGGCUGGUGGGGGUGGUGUAAUGGAGUGGCAAAUGUUUUCCUGGCACACGUUAGGUCCCUUGAUAUGAACCUCUGCUGCAGAGAAUAAGUUCAUUAGAGUUAACAGCCUCAGAAAUUGCAGCCCAAAUGCUUCACAGAGUUCAAGUAACAGACAGAUUUCAACAUCAACUGUUCAGAGGGGACUGUGUGAAUCAGGCCUUCAUGGUUGAAUUACUGCAAAGAAACCACUACUAAAGGACACCAAUAAGAAGAAGAGACUUGCUUGGGCCAAGAAACACGAGCAAUGGACAUUAGACCGGUGGAAAUAUGUCCUUUUGGUUUGGAGAUUUUUGGUUACAACCGCCAUGUUUUUGUGAGACGCGGUGUGGGUGAACGGAUGAUCUCCGCAUGUGUGUUUCCCACCGUAAAGCAUGGAGGAGGAGGUGUUAUGGUGUGGGGCUGCUUUGCUGGUGACACUGUCAGUGAUUUAUUUAGAAUUCAAGGCACACUUAACCAGCAUGGCUACCACAGCAUUCCGCAGCAAUACGCCAUCCCAUCUGGUUUGGGCUUAGUGGGACUAUCAUUUGUUUUUCAACAGGACAAUGACCCAACACACCUCCAGGUGUGUAAGGGCUAUUUUACCAAGAAGGAGAGUGAUGGAGUGCUGCAUCAGAUGACCUGGCCUCCACAAUCCUCCGACCUCAACCCAAUUGAGAUGGUUUGGGAUGUGUCUGACGGCAGAAUGAAGGAAAAGCAGCCAACAAGUGCUCAGCAUAUGUGGAAACUCCUUCAAGACUGUUGGAAAAGCAUUCCAGAUGAAGCUGGUUGAAAUAAUGCCAAGAGUGUGCAAAGCUGUCAUCAAGGCAAAGGCUGGCUAUUUGAAGAAUCUCAAAUAUUUGUUUAACACUUUUUUUGGUUAUUACAUGAUUCCAUAUGUGUUAUGAUGUCUUCACUAUUAUUCUACAAUGUAAAAAAUUGUAAAAAUAAAGGAAAACGCUCUGAGUAGGUGUGUCAACUUUUGACUGGUACUGUACAUCCAUUUCAACAAAUAUUAAUGACAUCACACUUGCUCAGACCCACAUGUUCCCAAUGUAUCCACACAUAAUGUUGUUUCAAAUGCUUGUAAGACUUUGCCCGAUAUGAAUAUAAAUAUGUUUUAUAUUGUUUCUAACAUGACUCAGCGGCUCCUUGGGACUCAGGAUAAGACCCAGAUGCAGACACAGGAGGCAGACAGUUAGAAUAUCAGAUUUUUAUUACAAGACAGGAAGGCAAUCGGCAGGUCAAGGGCAGUCAGAGGUCCGUAGUCCAAGGCAGCGUGAAUAAGGGACAGAACGACAGGCAGGCUCAGGGUCAGGAGACAGGAGGGCUGCGAGACAGAGGUUUAAUCCUAGACACAUGAAAAAUGGGAUGUAUACUGAGGGUGCGGGGAAACAGAAGACGAACAGCAGAGGGGCUAAUGAUCUUGGAGAUGGGGAAAGGGCCGAUAAAACGGGGGGAAAGUUUACGGGACUCCACCCGGAGGGGCAGAUCCCGAGUGGACAGCCAUACCCUCUAACCGAGACGAUAGCGGGGAGCAGGGGUCCGGUGGUGGUCCGCCUGUCUCCGAUACCUGGAGGUGGUCUUGAGAAGAGCGGACCGGGCUUUCUUCCAGGUGCGGCGACAGCGGUGGACGAACAUCUGGGCCGAGAGUAUGCUGACAUCUUCCUCUUGCUCAGGGAAGAGCGGGGGCUGAUAUCCCAUGGAACACUCGAAAGGUGAGAGACCAGAGGCCGAGCAGGGAAGGGUGUUGCGGGCAUAUUCCACUCACACGAGUUGCUGGCUCCAGGUGGUGGGGUUGGCGGAGACGAGGCAACAAAGAGCCGUCUCCAGGUCCUGGUUGACUCGCUCUGACUGGCCAUUAGACUGGGGGUGAAAUCCGGAGGACAAGCUGGCCGCGACCCAAUGAGGGUGCAGAACGCCUUCCAGAACCGGAAUGAGAACUGAGGACCACGAUCGGAGACCAUGUCCACCGGAAGUACAUGGAUCCAGAAGACGUUCUGCACCAUGAGCUGGGCCUUCUCAUUGGCUGAGGGUAACUUGGGAAGGAGAAUGAAAUGGGCUGCUUUGGAAAACCUGUCCACCACUGUAAGGAUAGUGGUGUUGCCAUCUGAUGGAGGGAGACCUGUGACGAAGCCCAGGGAUAUGUGGGACCAGGGGCGUUGAGGAACAGGGAGUGGUUGAAGAAGGCCAGCCAGAGCUUGCCACGGAGUCUUAUUCUGAGCAUGCACAGUGCAGGCGUCGACGAACGUGGAGAUGUCAGGAACCAUGGUGGGCCACCAGAAACGUUGUCAUACAACGGCCAGGGUCCAACGGGAGCCAGGAUAGCAGGCAUGUCUGGAGGAAUGAGCCCAUUCCAGGACCGGGGAAAGGACAGAGUCUGGGACAAACAUUCGGGUCCGGCUGGGAGCGCUGCGCUUCACGGACCUGGUUCUCUAUACCCCAGAUGAGGGCAGCCGCUAGACAAGAGGUAGGGAGGAUGGCCUCGGGGUCCGACGGUGUAGCAGCGGGACUAUAGAGACAUGAGAGCGCAACCGGCUUCACAUUCUUGGACCCCGGGCGGUAGGAGAUGGUAAUGUUGAACCACCAUCUUCACCGCGAGUAGUUCUCGAUUUCCCACGUCAUAGUUCCUCUCAGCAGAAAGAGCAGGGAUGCAGCUUUUGGUCCUGGACAGAACGCUGGGACAGGACGGCCCCCACUCCGAUGUCCGAGGCGUCAACCUCCACCACGAACUGACAGGACGGGUCCGGAUGGAUUAGGAUGGGGGCUGUGGUAAAACGGUGCUUCAGAUCCAGAAACGCCCGGUCAGCAACUGGGGACCACAUGAACGGAACCUUGGGAGAGGUGAGUGCAGAGAGGGGGGAAGCCAGGGUGCUGUAACCCCGGAUGAAACGGCGGUAGAAAUUAGCAAACCCCAGGAAGCGUUGCAGCUGCACUCUGGAUGUGGGUUGAGGCCAAUUCACCACCACGCUCACCUUGCCAGGAUCCAUCUGCAUGUUACCUGCAGCGAUGAUGUAUCCUAGGAAGGAGAUGGUGGAGCGAUGGAAUUCGCAUUUCUCAGCUUUAACAAAAAGCUGGUUUUCCAGGACUUGUCGGACGUGGAGGACAUGUUCUUGAGCUGAGCGGGAAAAACAAGGAUGUUACCAACAUAAUGGAGAACAUUGUUAACCAGAGCCUGGAACACUGCAGGGGAGUUGGUCAGUCCGAAUGGCAUCACCAGGUACUCAUAGUGCCUGCUAGCCGUGUUAAAGGCUGUCUUCCACUCGUCUCCUUCCCGUAUCUGCACCAGAUGGUAUGCGUUUCGAAGGUCCAACUUAGAGAAGAUUGUAGCCCCCGGGAGAGGCUCGAAAGCCAAGGCGAGGAGUGGUAGCGGGUAACGUUUUUUUAACCUUGAUGUCAUUCAGGUGCCGGUAGUCGAUUCACGGGCGCAGGGUUUUUUCUUUCUUUUCCACAAAGAAUAGCCCUGCGCUGGCGGGGGAGGCAGAAGGACGGAUACACCCUGCAGCCAGGGAGUCCUCAAUGUACCUUUCCAUCGCCUUGGUUUCCGGACCCGACAGGGAAUAAAGCCGCCCCCGAGGUGGUGUAGUGCCCAGGAGAAGGUCGAUAGCGCGGUCGUAAGGCCGAUGCGGAGGAAGCGAUGUGGCACGGGCCUUGAUGAAAACCUCCCGGAGGUCCUGGUACUCCACGGGAACGGUGGAGAGGUUUGAGUCUUCUCCCAAGCCUGCAGGAAGACGUCCCGGGGCAGGCUGCGCCGACUUCAGGCAAUGAGCAUGGCAGAAUGGGCUCCAACCCUUGAAAGAACCUCCAGUCCAGUCGAUAAGGGGAUUGUUCCUCUGGAGCCAUGAAAACCAUGGGUACCUGAGGAGACUCGAUGAGCAGAAAUUGCAUAGACUCACUGUGGUUACCUGACACUCGCAGGUUGAUAGGAACCGUAUUAUGGGUGACUUUACCAAUAGAGCGCUCUGACAUCCUUGGGAAUGGAGAGGGGUGGAGUGGGGAUUCCCAGCUCUGACACCAGGGUAGUGUCCAUAAAACUCUUGUCGGCCCCAGAGUCAAUGAGUACCCAGAGAUAUUUAGACCGGUCACCCCACAGCAGCAUGGCAUGGAGAGGGGUACGAGUAAUGGGAGAUUGGGCAUUCUCCGUAUGGCCCACCAGCGUACUCGUACCUACUGAUGAGCCUGGUCUUUUAAUGGACAGGUAGAAAUGUAAUGGCCUGUAGUCCCACAAUACAGACAGAUCUUGGUGUUCAGUCUGCGUAAACGUUGGGCAGGAGACAAUCUAGCUCUGCCAAGUUGCAUAGGCACCGGAGGAGGCGAGUCAGCAGACCUAGGUGAUUCCCGGGGGAAACCUCGGAUUCUCUCGGUAAUGUAGACGCCGGGUACUUCCGGGAUUCCUCGGAGGCGAGGUGGGAUCCUUGGAUGAGCGAGUGUGACUGGGAACAGACCUCCUCUCCCUCCUACGUUCCCGUAGCCGCUCAUUGAUCCGUAUGGUCAAGGCGAUGAGAGAGUCGAGAUCUAUGGGCAGCUCCCGGGCUGCGAGCUCGUCUUUAACCACCUCCGAUAAUCCAUGAAGGAACAUGUCGAACAGGGAUUCCGGGUUCCAGGCACUAUCGGCGGCCAACGUGCGGAAAUCGACCGCAUAGUCUGCCACACUAUGGAAGUCUUGAUGUAGUAGGAGUAGCUUCCGAGCAGCCUCUCUCCCGGACAACGGAGAAUCUAACACCUUUUUCACCUCCGCCAUGAACUCCUCCAGACUGAAGCACACGGUGGAUUGUUGCUCCGACACCGCCGUAGCCCAGGCGAGAGCCCUCCUGGACAUCAGCGUUAUAAGGUACGCUAUCUUCGAGCGGUCCGAGGUAAAAGAAGAGGGCUGCAGCUCGAAGAUGAGGGAGCAUUGGGAGAAAAACGCCCGGCAGGUUCCUGGAUCUCCAGCGUAGCGCUCCGGAGGAGAUAAGCUGGGUUCUCGGGAAGCUGUGUAGGCUGGGGUAGGCUGGGGAGAAGCGCCGCUGGUAGCGGGGUUACGGAGAGUCUGGGGGCUUACUGUUGUGGCCUGCUGCCUGGUAGAUAAUCCGCAGAAUUGCUCCAGCAAUGCAGUGAAAGCGUGGUCAUGGCGUCCCGCCAAGGUCUGGAGUCCUUCCUUAAGGUUUUGAAGUAACCAAUGGCGGCUCCUUGGGAGGAGACAGCGUUGCGGAGCUGGUCCGAGUCUGCUGGGUCAGUCAUGGCCAGUUCGUACUAUCACGAUUCAGGAUAUGACCCAGAUGCAGACACAGGAGGCAGACAGUUCGAAUCUCAGAUGUUUAUUACAAGACAGGAAGGCAAUCGGCAGGUCAAGGGCAGGCAGAGGUCUGUAGUCCAAGGCAGUGUGAAUAAGGGACAGAACGGCAGGCUCAGGGUCAGGGCAGGCAGAAUGGUCAGUUAUUCAGGGCAGCGUCAAUCAGGGAGAUAACGGCAGGCAGGCUCAGGAUCAGGGCAGGCAGAAUGGUCAGAACCGGGAGGACUAGAAAACAGAAACUAGAGAGACAGUAAAACACGCUGGUAAGACAUGGCAAGACAAGACGAACUGGCAACAGACAAACAGAAAACGACGGGAUAAAUACACAGGGGAUAAUGGGGAAAAUGCGAGACACCUGAUGGGGGGUGGAGACAAGCACAAGACAGGUGAAACAGAUCAGGGUGUGACAGUUUCUGUCUGUAGCCAGUUAUAUUUCAAUAAUAAAGCAUUUGAAUUUUCCAUGCUCUUAACGUUGGGGUAUGAUUUGACUUACAGUAUUUAAGUAAUAGCUUCUUCAAUAUAAGUGACAAAAAUAAUAUUGUCCAACCCAUUGGGUAUCUCACCACACCCCUAUAUGCCAUGUCUUGAAAUAUGCAGAUAGACGGAUUAAAAGUAAACUUCCAUUGUUAAACUUCUGACAGACGGCUUUCUAACGCCGCACAUAACUUUUUGUCUUUGUAACAUUCCCAGAAGGCAUGAAUUAUUGAGUCAUUGUUAGUUUUACACUUAAGACAUGACUCUGCCGUUGUGCUGUAGAAUUUGUGAAUUUUGUCUCUUGUAUAAUACAUUCUAUACAUUAGUUUAUACUGGAUUAAACGUACAUUUUCAUUAACUGUAAUUUCUUCAUUCUUUUCCAACACUCCAUUCAUCUUGUGCCAAUAUCAGUUCAAUUGGUUCCAAUAGUUAAUUAUUAUAGUUAAGGUUUUUUAUAUCUUACCUAUCAAAUGAGUAUCUGUUUCUGACUCGAAUAGGAUUCCCUCAACAUUGCUCUGAUGUCCCAAAGCUUUCAGGUCAACAUUUUGUGAUCUAAAACUUGAUCAGUCCAAAAUUGCUUUUUAAUUCUGUCAUGGAAAUAAUUGUAUUCAGGCAAUUACCACGUCAUUUACAGUUUCUAUGCUUUUAGUUUUCCAUGUGGGCAAUUUAUCGGUGAAUUCUGAAUGUAUAAUUCAAUAGAUAACAAUUUGAACAGAAAGUAUCAAAACAAGUCUAAUCUUAAUGUGUCUUAUAAAAACAUACAUAUGAUCUUGGCCAGUGUCCAUUUUUCUAGUGGACAUGCCCCCACAUUUAACCCUGACUUUUAAAACAUUUAAUCCAGGCUUUAACCCUGAUAAUGAUUAUUUCUCUCUCUCCAGGAUGACUUCCUCCUGAUCCACUACGAUAAAGGGCCGUGCAGAAACAAACUGGGCCACUCCAGAGCUUCAGUGAUAUGGCACCGGACACAGGUACUGUAUUGCAAAAAUAUGGCAUUAGUUGACUUUAGCUCAGCGGGCUAACAAUCUUCUGGCAUGCUUAGUGGGCGGCAGGUAGCUUAGUGGUUAAGAGCAUUGUGCCAGUAACCGAAAGGUCGCUGGUUCUAAUCCCCGAGCCGACGAGGUGAAAAAUCUGUCGAUGCUGACGCUGGAGUCCCGGUUUCAAACCCAGUCAGGAAUGGCAUCAAACACAUGGUUUGAUGCCAUUCCAAUUAAUCCGUUCCAGCCAUUAUUAUGAGCCGUCCUCCCCUAAGAAGCCUCCACUGUCAGAAACACUGUAUACGCCAGCCGUCAGUCGCAAUGUACAUUUAUGUUUGAGGAACUACAGCCACCUUGUGGAUAUUCAGUGUACUACUGCUCGGGCAAAUGAAAGAUGAAAUAAUGUUGUGUUGAUGCAUCUUUGUACUGUACAUCACUUCCCUCUUAUGUCUAUGUGAUGACUGGGUUAAAACAAGCACCUCAUGAAUCCCAUGUUACAACUGGUGACAUAAAAAGGGCUUAGAUACAUUUGGUUGAUUGUUAAUGUGUGUAUGUAAUAAAAUCAUUCUCUCGCUCUCCAGGUGGUGGGGAUCUUCGCUGGCUUCGGUCUGCUCCUACUGGUGGCCUCUCCCUUCCUUCUCCUAGCCACACCCUUCGUUCUGUGCUGCAAGUGUAAAUGCAGUAAAGGAGAUGACGAUCCUCUGCCCACCUAA